AGAUACUCUUUGGCUGAAGUUUGCUACACGCACACAGAUGUCAGCAGAGUUUCUCAAUCUGUCACUUUGCUAGGUGGAGUAGGGCUGAUGGAGGAAGGAAAAUCGGACACAGCAAGCAUGACUCUCUGACAACUUCUGUGAACCGGUUUUCCUCUGAGUACUUCACCCGCCGGUGCAUCGUUUUCACCUUUUAACCGUUUUUACCUGCCAGCUCCUCGCGUCGUUAUUUGACAACUGUGGAAACACCCACGCGCCCGAGUGUCAGAAGUUACCAUGCUAACCACCGUUAGCCACCGCUGCUACCUGACGUAGCUAUGGCUCUCCGUUAGACCUGACCCUGCCUGCGAAAGGAGCGGUCAUUUGAUUGCAACUGCAACUCUUUUUUUAAAGCCAUACAGUGAGAGGCAUUUUGACAAGUUUUUUAAAGUUUCAGCAGAAGAAGCUAUCAAUCUGUCACAGAAAUGGGACUACACGCGCUGGAAUUCAGUGAAUGCUAUCUGGACAGCCCCUGCUUCAGGGAGAAAAUAAAAGCACACGAAGCAGAGCUGGAAAAGACCAACAGAUUCAUCAAAGAGCUCUACAAAGAUGGAAAGAACCUCAUCAAUGCAACAAAGCGUAAGUUUUUCAAGAAUUUAAAACAAGAACUUUGAGUUGAAGCAUGCAAGAGCUUUGAGAGGAGGUCUGGGGUGUCCCAACUUUUCCCUCAGAUUGAUGUCCUUCCUAUGUUGUGUUCAACAGGACGAUCAAGGCAUUGUUCAUCCACACGGAAUAUUACUUUAUUUAGGGGCCAAUAACAUGUUUCCCUGAUCCCUGAUAUAUUUGACCACCACCCUCUUGCUUUGUUUGUGCUCAGUCACACACACACUUCAGCUGGGUUAAACUCAUUACAUUGUUAUCUCUUUGAACUCUAGUCUUGUGGGUUGGGCUCUCCUUCAGGCGCCCAGAGUUGCUUACAGCCACAUUUCAAUACAAAGCCAUUAAAGCAUAGUCUGCUCACAUAUUUAUGUGAUUUGGAAAUAAAUCUCAGCUUUAUCUUUAUGAUUCUUUCCUUACAGGCCCUAAUAUAUAGAUUUGACAGUUGUUACAAGUGUUCUCAGGGAUAGUUUGGGAAAAGCAGUGGAGAUUGGCAAAGCGUUUUUACCCUGUGCAGACAAUAUAUGAAAAUACUAUUUAUUUUUAGUAAGUAAACUUUAUUUGUAUAGCACUUUUCACAGACAAAAAAGUCGCAAAGUGCUUCACAUAGACAAAAAUAAAAAUGUGCAUACAAAUUAAAAGGCCAAGACAACAACAUGAAACAGUCACAGCAGCCCCAAAACAAUUAAACAAAAGUCUGAGCAAAUAAAUACGUUUUUGUACACAUAAGUAAUAUCAGUGGACUGGGUGAUCAAACGCUAACAAUAUAUAUUGAAAAUUAAUUUCCCUCUUUCGAUAUAAAACAUGGUCAAUAUGCUUUUCAAUAGUCGUCAUUCUGACAUGUUUUGGUAGACUAUACGAAGAGCCAAUGAAAAGGGGAGUUUCUGUGGGUCCUCUUUACGCUGAACCAAUCAUGUGCUGAAUUUAACCAAGUAGUAAACAACUGCGUAGUAGCAGGCUGCAGCUACUAUAGCACUUACCAAAAAGAGCCGAUCAUUCAGUCCGCUUUCUCUAGCACAAUGCCUUUCAGCAAAACAUCAAAGAGACACAAAGACCUCACAGAUGCAGUAACUGAUUGUAUUGCAAAAGACAUACUACCAAUAUGUACUGUUAAAUUUCAUUUUUUAUGUCGUGAUAUACUUUUUGCGUGAUAAACUUUUUCCCAUAUCGCUCAGCCGUAAUCAGUGCUGUUAUGUUGAUAUGCACCAACCAGCCAAAACGUUAUGAACACCUGAGCACUCUAUUGCAAUCCAAUAUGAAUUCUUCUGUAAAUCCUACUUAUCUGAAGCUGCUGUGGUGUCAGUUUUAUUUGGCAUGAUCAGACAGGCACUUUAUAUUCAUUAUUGAAGACUCAGUGGGUGGUUGUGGUGCACUAGAGUGUGUUUUAUUGAAAGGUGUUCCUUAUAUUUUGUCCACUUUAUUGAUAAACAUGAGAGGAGACAAGAGGUUUGGAAGCAUUUUCAAUAUGACACCAAAAACACCCACUUUACAGCUCCAAAAUUUAGCUUAAAGAAUAACUAUCACCCAUCUUAUUAUCUCAACAGUGUAUCAGCUCCAUAUAAGCAGAAUUGAAGGUAGAGUUGUUGAACUGGGUUGCUCUCUGUGUUCAUAAUGUUAUGGUCUGUCAGUGUAUGUAAGCCUAGGCCUCAUUCCAGCAGCAUUGCCAUAGUUGCCUAGUGAUUUGAACUGUCGCAAAACAUGUUUUUCUUCUCCCAAACCUUCACACAUGCCUACUUUUACAUGGUUGUUCGUAGCGUGUAUUAAGUCAUGUCUUUCGCUGAGCCUUCAGGGCAGUCGAAUCCGUGAAGGCGCAGAUCCAGCGAGGUCUUACAGCCAAGACUUCGAAGUGAUCUAAGUUCAGGCCAGGCUUACUUCAUGGUGUCAGCAGUUUUUGUGGCACAAUUAUGAUUCAGAACAAUUUGGUAUUGAGGUCAAAACUCCAGUUUGCUUGUAUAAAAGACAGCUUUAUUCUAAGAUAAUGAUGUUUUGGGGUUGUGGAUAUUUCCUUCCGUCUUAAACUCAGUCUUAAAGUGGGUGAAAUAGUGUCAAAUACAAACUUAACAAUUUAAAAGCUUUUCCAUGUCUAUCCCAAACAGCCUUUCAAAUAUUGCUACUUAAGGCUUCAUGGUUUAAGUAGUGUUAUGUAUAAUGUGGAACAUGUGCAACGGUUAUUUGCAAUUUGUUGUCAGUGGUUGUUAGAGGUAUGUGCCGUUCUGUUUACAUGUGGAUCUCCAUUGUUACAUUCUUUAUUGUUUUGUUUAUAUACUGUGGAGGCCACUAAAUAUAUUGCAUGUAGCACAAGUCCAAGACUCAGUUAGGGAUGUCUCAAUCGGCUUAUUUGGUCACUGAUUCGUUUUGUUUUUAUGUUGCGUGUUUACUGUUAGUCAGACCGGGUGUCCAGUUGAUGGCAAAAAUCUGUAUUCUCCACCACAGAGAGGGGCUCGUCGUCCAAAGCGAUGACCUCAUCCACCUUUUCUGUAAUCCUUUUGGCCUUUUCACUCUCUCGAGGAUGUUUAUCCUUCCUCUUCGAGUCCAGAGUUUGUUGCUCUGGAGCAGCAGCCUUUCCCUCUGACCUGUUGCAUGCCUAGUUUUUAGCUGUCAUAUUGGUAGUGUUAAUUGCAGCUCUUCUACAAUCGCAAUGAGUUGCAUUGCAUAUAUUACAAGUGUUUAUGUUUAAAAUAUUUCCCCAUUGCUGACAUUUUACCCUUAAUUUGUCAGUGCUACGCUGAAAGACUCUUAUAUAAUCUGUAAUUAUUACAGCAAAAUACUGUAAAUGUCAGUUACAAAAACCGACUAUAUUUCCUUUUAUUGUAAAACUAUAGCUUUAAACCAUGUGUCACUGGAGGGUUUCCAUAGGCUGCUGAAAAUCAGUUGUAGUUGUCAUCUGGCUGGCUGUGUACACAUAUGUUCACCAGAGUUAAGGCAGUACAUGGAGCUCCACAGUGAUGUCCUGUUAACCAUUUUCUUGUUGAGUUUGGGUAAGCCAGUCCAAAAUGCUUGGUUACACUAUGCAACAAAGUCUCUUGUGUGACAGCUAUAUAUCAUAUAUCAUAUCAUACUGCAGUUUCCUAUCAAAUCAUAUUGUAUCCUAUCCUAUCAGGUCCUAUCACAUGAGACAAAAUAAGUAUUGUGUCUUACUGGGGACGCUGAUGGUUCAGUGCCCUACAUUGAGAGGCUGUGGUCCUUGUUGAGGUGGUCACUGGUUUGAUUCCUAACCACGACCCUUUGCGGCAUUUCUUCCCCCACACUCUGCUUCCGACACGUCCUGUCUCUCUUCAGCUGCCCUAUCUAAUAAAGGAAAAAAAAAAUUUUUUUUAACUCAAAUCAUUGUAUCUAAUUUGAUCAUUUGUGCUGUUGUACCCUAUCAUACAAUUUUAAAUUGCAUAGUAUUGUGUUGUAUCUAUUUCUCCCCUCCUCUAUUCUUUGCCAUACCCUACCCGAUGGUACUCUAUCAUAUCAGAUUGUAUAGUACCAUACCAUGCUAUUAUUGUACUGUAGUGUACAGUUUCAUGUUGGAUUUCACUCUGUCUUCUCCUAUCUAAAUGUAGCUUAGAAUACUUAAACUUCAGCUGUUUCAUGAAUGAUUUAGUCGUGUUGCUUUUCUGCUAAGAACUCAGAAUCUGGUGACAAUUUCACCUUUUUCCCAGUAUUCCAGUUUUUUAGUUUAAUUGUGUAUUUCAUUUUCACUGUGGCGUAAAACAUUUCCUUGUUAUAAUCACCUGAUCAACUUACAGUUGGUUCGUUUCUUCGUUGUGAUUUCAACAGUCCUUUUCAGCCCGAGGCAAAUCCAUUGGCUCCCCAGCUUAACCCUGAAUUAGCUUUGUUUUACUAAGAGUGAACAGUCGGGACAUCAGUGCAGGCUUCUGGGAAGAACUGAAAUAUAUAUCAGUACUUAGAGUGUGUUUAAACAGCAGCUAUGUCAUGAUUUAGUUUAAUGUACGCACUCAGCAUGAAAGGAUUCACCAGCUUUGAUGUAAUGUGUAGGUAAACUGAAGCAGCAGGGGUAAUUAUAAGGCGACUUAAAGGGUUGGAGGAAAUUUUCAGCCUGCAGUGUGGAUAGUAUGAAGCGUCUUUUCUCCAAUCAUUUGAGGAGUCAAAGAUUAUAUCUUUCUCUUUUUCCUCUUUUCAGAUUUCUAUACAUCUGGACUUAAAGGGACACCAGAAUAAUAAUCAUGUGCUGGGUACCAUUACCUUGGAGGUCACUGCUCUUUUCUCUGACCUUUUUAAUCAUGAGAAAAUGCAACCCCCAGAACUGCAACCAUAUUACGUUUUGUCUCUACUUGUUAAAAAAUCUCCAGGAGAGCAGAGAAAUAACACUGAUUUUCAUGAAUCAUAACUUCCUUUUACUUAAAGCAGAAGAGUUACAUACAACUCUCUGAAGUCUGGCUCUUGUUGCCACGUGUAGUCACUUAAGAGAACUUCCACAGAGCAGCAGCGUGGUGAACUCUGGUAUUCACUCUCGCUCGUGUUGCUCACAGUUGAGGUGAUACUGAUGCUCUGCUAUGUUGGUGCAAGCUGAUACACCGUGUAGAGUUUCAUAAGGAUACAUCAUGUCUUUGGUUUCAUGCCAUGUGUGUUAGUGACAUCCAUUGCUUUUUGGAUGUUGGCUGUAACAGUGCUUCCUAUAGAGUGACAUGAAAUUUUACACCGAGGGUUUGUGUGAUGAGAAUAUAAUGAGGAUUGGGGAGCCUGAUCAAGUGCUUUUAGCCAGUUAAACUCUCAGGAAGGAACUGAUGGUCAAGUUUUUAUGUACUGAAGAUCCUGCAAGAUUUAAGCCUCAGUGUUUCAUGAAUCUUUUUUUUAAUACAGCCUAUUCCCUCUAUAUAAAUGUGAGAUGACUGUUUGUAUCACCCUUAUAUUGCUCUCUGUAAACAUUUGGUGUACAUUCUCCUUGUUGAAAAGCACAGAAGAGGAUGUUCCUUAUCAGUUUAACGCCAGUAUUGGUUUAAUCAUGCUUUUGGUCUGCUGUUUCUAUGUACAAAGGGUGUUUUCCAGCUUGAUAUUUGAUUUAUAGCAAGGCCAAUAAAUCCAAACCGUCAACUGGAUGUGUUAAUAUAACAACACCUCUGUCACAGACAGAGUUAAAACAAUAAGUAGAUCGAUGUGAAAAUGAAACUAUAUUUGUUUUCAUAAUUAAUGAGGGUUAUUCUUUAAAGGAAAGUUCUUAAAAUUAGCCUCUUAGAUGUGGAUAUACAGGAGUUUCAUUUGAUCUUCAGUAACCGAUGUAUUUUUCAGGUCUUGCUGCAAAAAAAAAAAAAAAAAAAUCUCCUGCACCUGUAAUCUUUCGAGCAAUACUUAAUUGUGAUUAAAACACAGUAUCAUACUGUAAAUUCUAAUGUCAUUUCAAAUCUUUCAGCAUGUUCAUUUAUUAGAAUACAGAUUAGUCUUCCAGACAUUGAAGUAUAACCCCAUCGAAUUUCCCCUCUGGGAUAAAAUGAAGUUAGUGCAUACCACACCGAUUCCAAGCUUUGUCUGCUAUCUCUCCCCCUCAUUUUGAAGCAGGCGCUACAACAUCCACUGUAUCCCAGGGUGGGGCUCAGCACCAGCCUAGCUCUUAUUUCUUGGACAUCACUCUGAUAAUCCUGUCUCAUGAGAACGUGAGCCUCUUGUGUUUUCUUCAAACAAAAACAACAACAACAACAACAUAAAUAGACUGGCUGCGUUUUUUUUUUCUUCUAAAUCUGCCUUGUCUGUGAUUUUCAGCUUUGAAGAAGAUAUGGCGGCCUCGCUGGAGGAACUUAAGAGCGCAGACUCUUGUUUUUAAUAAAUGGUGAUGAUUUGUGGUUGUUAAGCUCAGUAAUCUCCUCUAUAUAUGAUGGUUUCUGACAGCCUUACAAUAACAUGUCAAACUCAGCUCGGUUGUUUAUCUGCUGAAUACUUAGAGAUCGGGUCAUUUACACAACCUGUAGUAAAUAAUAUGGAAGAAGCGGCUGUGUCAGUGCUGUGUUUUGACCUCAGACUGAUCUGCUGUGUUUGGACUGUCUAAAACACAAUAGUGGAUGUGUGAAUCCCAGGCCCUCCUCAGCCUCAGCCUCCUGGUGACUCCCUGCUCUCAUCAGCUGGGAGGAUGUCCCACUACGGAAAGUCCUUGGUUCUGGGAGGAAGCUUUACAGCGGGGCCCUGAGCCAGAGAGCUCUGACAUGGAAGUGCCCAUGAGAGGAGCAACAUGCAGAUGUGCUUCUGUUUCACAGUGUUUCCUCCACAGGAACUGUGUCCUGUCUGUACCCUCUUUCCCACCCCUCUCUGUUGUUUUUGAGCCAUCAUAUGGAUUUCUCAAACCAGCAAAAUAACUUGUUAUCUGAUCUUGCUUGUAAUAUGAACAUUUGCAAGAAACAAAUUAUCUGAAUUUAUGGAAAUAAAAAGAGAAUCAUUUUAUGUGAAUAAGUCUCCCCCCUAGCAUCAGUACAUUUUACACUUUGGAUGGAGGUUAAAUGCAAAUGUGCAGCCAUUCCACCUUUGGCAACCCCUUUAAACCGUCCAUCGAUCGUGUGUACAGGUCAGCCAGUCUGCUCCUGUUCACAGGCUGCAGAUAGUCGGUUCAAGAUGCAUACGAAGGAUAGUUUUCCCUGAAGCUCAGCCCUGCCCACCAAAAAAAACUCACACUGUUUACUCACACUAAACGAGUCUAUAAAGCAGCUUAAAUGUGGACUAUAAUUUGACUUUUCCAUCGCUUAAUAUUAUUAUCAUCCCCCUCCUGUAUUCACACAUCAGCUCAUGCAGACAUCUUGGAUCAGGGGUUCUGGGUUAGGAAAUGUCACUGGUGUGCAGGCAGGACAAACUUUCACACAUGCACCCCAACCUGAAAAAAUCCAGGUAUUUUUCCUGAGUAAAGUGCAUGUAUGAGUUCAAUAACAAACAAUUGUGAGUUUAGGCUCUUACAGUGAUGUUAAUACAGUACUGAAAGAAGCAGUUUCACACUGCAUGGUUUUUCGCAGCGUGCCGCUCUCUUUAGCUUUUGUGGGUUCAUAGUGUUUCCUGCAUGUUUUGUAAGUGCUGAAACUGCAUAAAAUUUGAAGUUGCAGUCAGGUCAGGUACGGUCACUCCUACAGCUGGACUUCCUCUGUUGAGCGUAAUCAUAACGACAUGGUUUGUAUUUCUUUUCUUCACUUUCAGUUCCGCUUUGACACAGUUGUUAUAAAGUCUUUUUAUUUCUCUCUCCCUGGCAGAUCGGUUUAAGGGUAGCAUGCCAUUAUAUUUGUUCCUUGGCACUCUGCUGCUCUUUGUAAUCACAUUACUUAUUCUGCCAAAGACAGGCAUCCCAAUCUUUCAUUAAAAUCGCAUUAGAAGUCAUGUGGGAGGAACGCUUUUUCAUCCCUAAAAAAGAACAAGGCCUUUCAUAAUGUUGACAGUGCUUUGCUUGAUGCCAUAAGUUUGCUUCCUUUUGGGUCCUUUUGCUGCGAAUGGCAGAUUUCCAGGACAAUUUAAAGUAACUCUGACUUUGUGAUAACAUUUUGAAUAUUUGCACUCAGAAUACCCACAUACUGAUAAAUCACAUUACCAUCUUCGUCAACAUCGAGAGGAAAAUGUUGCCACAGAUUUGUUCUGAGGAUCAGGAAAUUAUGAAUGAAGUAAUGCACGCUCUGUAGUCAGGGAGAUGGGCGGGUGGGGGACUGUGGGAGAGGCUGGGUCGAGGGCAAAGGUGGUCUCAGAGUGUGGAGCAGGGAUUCCAACUGGAAAAGACGUAACAGUGGAACAGGAAGGAGAGUGGAAGGGUGCAGCAUGUAAACCCUGGACCAGGCGAGCUUUGACCUAAGUGGCACAUCUGAUGAGACCAUAGAAAUCAUAACAAACAACACUCCACCACCCGCCAACCAAUACACCGAGGACAUCUUCAGCAGAUGAACUCUGACAUAUACAUACCUCACUGGUUUGUUUUGGGGAAAACUUUGGCAGGAGCAGCCAGAGCAUAAAAUGUGAAGUUUCCUGAACAGAAACAAACUCAGCAUAGUUAAAUGUGCUUUUAGUGAUAUUAAGCUGCAUGGCUAUAAUUAAUAAGUAAAAAGUUUUAAAAGAAACAUUAAAUAUUAAGUGUAGAUUGUUCUUUUAUAAUGUCACUGUAGCCUCGAGUUUUAAGCCGCUGUGUUAUUGCUACAAGAACUACAACAGACGAGUCGAUCACCGACUGCAGCAGAUCAUUUCCAUGAUGUAAUAUUCUUCCUUGAGCUGUGAAACUCCGCUGCACUCGAUGAUCGACUCAUCAGGGCUCCCUAGCAAACAAGCAGCUGCUGGAGGAGAGUAGGUGAGCUGUGUUUGGUCUCUUUGCUAAAGAAAUCAGGCAAAGUUAAAAAGAUGUUUGGUGGCUAGUACUGUGGCUGUGACCUUAAAUGUACUGUUAAUGAAGUUAGGUGCUGUUCUGAGUAUUAUUUGUGGCUAUAGAGUGGCUUUUUGGUUGAGGUUUGCAUGUGGAGACAUAGACCACUGUGUAUUGCUAUUGUACGGUCGUUACUAAAGUUGGUAUAACGAAAGAAGCAAGCAGUCAGCAACAUUCAUCUCUUGAGGGGGUGUCUAACUUGGUGUUUCGGUGUGUUUGACCUUGACUUAAAUUUACACCGGAAUAUCCCUUUAAGUAUUGGCAUGUAUGCCACUCAACCUGCUGCUCUGAUACCAUGACCUGAUCGCCUCAAAAUCAAAUGGUUUCAGUUAAUCCAUCAUGUGACACUAACAAACAAACCUGUGAGAAGUUGGCUGCUGUAGUAGAGAGUGAUAUUGUUACUUUGUAUUAGUGAGUCUUGGCACAGGAGUUAGCAGAGGUUAGCAUCCUGAGGUUUUGUUAGUAUUGAAAAUAUGUGUUAUCUUCAGUUGGGAUUGGCACCAAAAUGAGACUACCUGUGUAUGUUGGAGCAGCACAAACAGGCUUUAUGGGAAAACAAGUGCGUUCAAAUAAAUUCAUGACCUUUUAAUACUGGCCUUAUCUAGCUCUGAGUUGAAUAACAAUUUUUUUUUUUUUUUGAUAACAGAUUUUCACUGCCACAUUCUUGCUUCAUGUCAGAAUAGGCCAAGGGAGUUUCCUGUUGGGGUUUCAUAUAGAUGUCCAAUCUCUGCUGCUAACAGUUGAAGAAAUAAAAAUCCUUAUAGCAUCCGCAAGUUCUCCUGUGACAGUGGUGCCCCCAUAUCUCAGGAUACUUAGCAUAUAUUUGGCCUCUAUGAUUUUGGAUGACUGUGUUAAAAUUUCACAGUGUAGUUCCUGAGCUACUUUGCAACACAAACAGAUAGACCAGAGACUACCAGAAAUGGCCUGUAGUUCUGUAGUUUUUGCUGCUUUAUGAGCAAUAGGAAACACUUGAAGGAACGCGGUUGUUUUUCAUUUUUAUGACCAUAACUGAUGAAUGGAGAUGAGGUCAAACAUUCUUUAGUCAAGGCUGAUAGUCGUGAUAGCAAAGUAUUGUCAACAGUGCCAUCAAAGUAUGUGAAAAAUGAAGUGAUUACUUAUAAGAGUGAAGUACUUAUUUAACAUCUGUGAGCCAAAAUCAGUUUGGAUGACCUGCUUACCUUCUGAACUUUAGAGUUAUAGCUAUCAUAAAACAUUUUUGACUAAAGGGUAAACGCACAAACUUUUGAAAACUGUGUAACAGCAGUCUGGUUGAAAAAACUCUAGCUUUAGUUUGUGGUGCUUCAUAAUAAACCAGCCCCUACGAUUGACUGUGUGUCCUCCCUAUUGUGUCGUCUUUGUUUUCCUUCCCACCUUUUCUGACCAGGGGCACUGAUGUUUAUGUCACAGAGCUGGGCAACAAAUUUUUUUUUUUUCAUGUUUUUUUCCUGCUACAGAAACAAUCUGGCCCGUAGCAUCAGAUUGAUGUAAGGUGGGGUCUGUGUGACUCAUGCACUAAAGCCAGCAGACUUAUGUCUCUGGCUUUCUGCAGAGAAACUAGCCAAGUUUGACAGUUCCCAGGUUUGCUCUGAAAUGCCUUUCUUUAAAAGGCAAAAAGCAGGAGAAGCCUUUGCCCUUGUGUGUGUGUGUGUGAGGUAUUUCAGUCUUGUGAUAUAGUUCUUCCCUGUCAGACAGCUGCUAUCAUUUCAAUCUGUUUUACAGACCUCUCAUCUGACACUUUUGUUUAUUGCCUUCCUGGUUGUAUCCAUUUGAUCUCUACUGUUGUGACUUCAAUCCAUGGUGCACAGAGACACAGAUGCUGCUUUUUUCCCCCCUUCUUUUCCGCAUGUUGCUGUCUGUCGUCGAUUAAUGCCACAGCGCCGUGUAACUUGAUAUCAUUCAUUCUUCAUGUUUUAUGUAAGAAAGUCCACACAGCAUGGCCUCAUAUAUAUUCCCAUGUUAACUGUCCAGUCUGCAGCGAGUUAAACAUGGUUGCAGUCUUUGUAAUCAGAUUGUAGAUUUGUGCGAUUUGUACUUUAUGCUCGCAUAUGGCUCCAAUAAAGAGCCUGCAAAUCUAUCCAUUGACAUCAUUGUUCUGGGAGUACACUCACUAAUUGUCCGCAGUGACCUGAGGCCUUGAUGCUGCAUUUUACUGGGACAAAUAAAUGUUGGCCAGAAAGUAAAAUGAGCAAGUUAAGAAUUGAAAAUUUGGUUUGGGUAAUUAAAAACAAGGUCAGCAUGCUUAAUUGAAGAGGUCAAUUAAGAUCAGUGCUGUGUAAAAUGUUGAUUUUAAUGCUUUGUACAUCACUUUUACCCUUUUUAAAAUUGAAAAUAGUGCAAAGUCAACACACCAAGUGUUGAAACACAUCUCUCUCUCUCGUUUUGUUUUAUGAGAAUUAUUUGCUCAUUUUAAUUUUGUUGCCAGCAACAGCUUUGAAAAGUUGGGACAAGGACAACAAAACACUGGGCACAAAAAGGCAUUCCAGAGAGGCUGAGUCACCCAAAAGUAAAGAGGAGAAAAGGUUCACCACUCUGUGGCAGCUUCAGUGCUGAACAAUAUUAUACACAGGUUUUGGGGUAACAUCUACCAUCCAGGCAAUGUUUUAUUUUAAGAGAGACCUAGCAUAAUUUAGAAAGACAAAGACAAACCCAGAUCAGUUGAGAUUUCAACAGCUUAGAAUAGAAUAGCCUUUAUUUGUCAUUAUGCAGGGUUCAUACACAACAAAACUGGAGAGGCUUUUCUGCAGGUGAGUAAAGACAUAAAUAUAUUUGUCUGGUAAACAAUCUUAAAAAAAAAACAACUAACAACCAGUCAGCACUACAUAAUAUUGCAGUGUCUCCUUAGUAGAGGAGUACAAGUACUAAACUGGUCUGCCAAAAAACCAAACCUGCCAUUCAUGAAAACCUCUACCAUGUCAUAAUGAAAAAAAACAACCACAAAGGAAACCCUGGACUGCAGAACAGCUGAAAUCCUGUGUCAGAAAAGAAUUGGACAACAUUUCACUCUCAAAAUUUUAGAAACUGGUCUCCUUGGUUCCUACACAUUUACAGUAUUAAAUGAAGAUGAUGCAACAUAAAGAUUAACGUGACCCUGACCAAGCUUUACAGUACUUUUACUUCACUUUCAACACUUGAUAUAUUGUCUUUGCACUAUUUCCAAAUAAACAUAAAUUGAAAAAAUCAAGUUAAAGAGACAGCAGCUAAAACGAAGCGUUUUAGACAGAGGCUAAAAUAAUGAGUGAAAAGCAGGAGGCUUCUUUAUCUGAAUAUCAAGUAGAGUUAUUAAAGAGGGAUCAGAAAGGAAGUAUUAAGUCUGAAAAAAGCAUAAUAUUCUCUAUUUGAUGAAUUCUUGAGUGGUAUUAAUUUCUUUGUCCUAAAACCAUCAGCUUCCAAUUAUCGUUUACAAUACACUGGACACCUUUUUCAGACAUGCUGCAGUACAUAGAGGCUUUGUUAAGGUGUGUCAAGGUUCAGUGUUGUCAAAACAUGUUUUUUACCAUGUGGGGGAGCUGCUGAAGUUUCCACUCCACAUUUAUGUGUGUUUGGGGAUAAUCUCAGUGCUGCAGCUUACCAAAAACUGACUGCAAAAGAGCCAGUGAUUAUACAUUGUUAACAUGAGUGAGGAUUAAGGUUUACAUUAUGAUGUGUUAGUCAUUUUUGCUUCAAAUUCAAGCCUAAAAAUAUGCCAACAACUGAUGAAAUGAACACACUUUUAUUAAUUUAUGAAAUACAUGCUGUGGAUGAAACUUCAUUCUUGGUUGGUAAACAGCUGAAAAAUGUGUCAAAGCAAAAAAAAAAAGUAUUGAUAAGAAACAGAGCUGGAAGCACUUAAAAUACUGUGAGGAAUAUAGAAUGAGAAUAAUGUCCAGGCUCAAAAAUAGUUUCCUACCUAAAGUUUUAAAGCUUGAAUAUGAAUAAUUACUGUCAAGUUACAGCAAUUAAAUGUAAUAUAUCUGUUCAGAAUAACGGCGUUAAGUGUGGGACUCAGUGGAUGGAAAACAGUGAGCGUUAUUGGAUCAAGAUUUGAGAAAGCCAUCAUUAAAAGGCACUAGGGAUCGAAGAGGAAAUAUCAACAAUCCCAACAAAGAAUUAGUUUCUGUUCCAUGAGUCAAAGAGCAGUAAGAGAUUUUUUAGCCUUUGGGGCAGCAGAGCGAUCUUUAAAUAGACCUAUGUCUGUCUUCAUCUGGAUUCAGAUUUCUUUCCUCCCCAUAUUUUAGCCUGUUAAGGGCUCUUAUCACUCCUGAGAAAAACUCUGGCUCUUAAGCUGCUAAACACUCUAAUAUGCUUUUAUAAGUUAGCUUAUUUCUCUCAGAAAGCUGCUCUCUUCUGUGAUUCAAGACAACCCCGAUAAGAGCGAAGCCUAAAGCAGUUAAACAAAAAUAAUGUGCUGAAAGAGGCAGUAAUUCCUGUGAAAAUAGCCUCUGGUAGCUGACUGUGUUAGUGUAAAUUUUGUCUGCAGAAGUUAUUUGUGUUUAGGUGUGGUGAGCUUUUUAAUGAGCUUUUAUAGCCCACUUCAGGAUUUGAUAUGAUUACAGGUAUAGUUGUUUAAACAUGCCAUGAGAAGCUGUUAUAAACAUGGAGUGGAAAUAAGAAGUGGACAUGGUUGCCAUGAAACAUCCAUUGGGUUGUUGUCAGUUGUUCUGGGGUUUAGGUUUGACUUCUUUUGCUGUGGUGUCUUGUUUUUGGAGCCAGACUUUAUCUGGAUAAGAGGGUGGACACACAUAGAGUUUUCUAGGGGUGGGAAUCACCAGUGGCCCCGCGAUACGAUAAUAUAACGAUACUUGGGCCACGAAACGAUAUUAUUGCGAUUUUUUUUUAACAUUUCGCAAUACAGUGAGCAUUGCGAUACAAUAUAUUGUGAUAAAUAAAAUUUUUUUCAACUGCUUAGCUCAUUUGGCAUUUGGCUUCUUUUAUGUUUGUUUUAUGUACACAGUAUUUUAUUUUCAUGUAGCACAUCUUUCAAACCUUAUAUAAAUUUGUUGCAGUAACUUUCUCCUGCUCUAUGAACUUCACUGGACAAACAAUUUAUUUUAUUUUUCCAUUAUCAUAGAUUUGACUUCAUAUUACCAAUAAAUUUGAAAAAUCGAUUCUUGGUCAAUGAGACGAUACGAUAUAUCACCAGACAAAAUAUCGCGAUACUAUGCUGUAUCGUUCUUCUCCCACCUUUAGCUUUAUCCUGAUGUACAUGAUAGUUAGACGUUUGUAAAAAUGGAAAAAAUAACACACCAGAGUUAACAUUAAUUAAAAAGUUGCCAUCAUGCUUUAUUGAACUCGGCUUGAACAACUUUUCAAGUGCAUUAACACAUCAGAAAACACGUUUCUCAAGUAUUAAAUCAAGUGGGGAGAAGUGAUGUAUACUCAUAGACCUCCAUAUAGUCAACUGUUGUUGUAAUCAGUGGCAUUUCCCAGAUAAGUAACAAGUAGUCAAAAAGAUAGGUAGUCCAGAAUAAAAGGCAUUAAAAUGAAAUGUCAGAUUUAUAAGUUUUUUCAUGGAUGGUCAGGAGUGUGUGCUAGGAAUUAUAUUCUCACCACAAGACGGCUGUACUCCUUAUUGUGUUUGACAAGUGGACAAUAAAAAAACAAGCAGUGGUGAAAUAUGAUCAUAGAGGUGCAGUCAGCGCUGUUGGCAAGCAUCCAGACAUUCAUCCACAGAAAAGAGCUAUCGCUUCAAACUGGACUGCAGUUAAAAAGAAGUGAGAUUCAAUUUUAUGUUUUAUGUUUCUCUCUGGUUUUAUAGAAUUGUAGAGUUUGCUACAGACAGUGCCAAUAAAAGACCAUCUUCAUUGUCUUCAUCCAGUCUUAAGUGCUGCAAAUGAAAGGCUUUCCUCUUGCGCACAUGAAAGUUACCAUUUACAGUCAUCUCAAAGAAAAUUGCUAUGUCCAGUGUUUGCUCCCAAAAUACGGUCCAGAAGGAUUAUAUUUGCCAUACAUUUAUUUUGAAAAUGUUCCCUGAGUAGGGUCUAAAAGGCUUCCAUUUGUCAUGCUGUUAUUUUGAAAGUAAUGUUCGUAACCUGUACUUGUAAACUCCCAUAAAUCAGGUUUGUGUACAUCAGUUAGAAGUCACCUCAUUCCUAAUACCGAAUCAAUAACAUGAGAUUCAAAAUGAGUUACAGCGGUUGACGUUAGUUUGUCAUAUAAUUUCUCUGAAAACUCUAAACUGUUCUCUAAUAAAUCUUUGUGGUUACUGACACAAUUUAGCAAACCAUGAUUCUCCCUCCUCCCGUCUCGCCUGACCUCAACAAAACACUGGUCUGUCUUUUAAUGUUGCUUUUUUUGUCCUUUGUUUGCCAUGUAUAGUUGGUAUCUAGGAAAUGGACAAAUUUAGACCCCCUUCAGUCCUGGUGACUGAUAUACUGCUAGGGCUGUUCUGUGAGUGUGUCUCACCCAAGAAAAGAGCUUUUUUUGAAUCAAAAACAAGUCAUGAAAUAUUUAGUUUGGGAGUAUCUUCAAUCUAUCUGCUUAUAAUGGCUUUAACGGAUGUUUCUCUCAUGUACUUUAAUUUCUAGGACAGUUAUUACCUCAUCUGCAAGAAGCAAAAAAACAUUUCCUCCAAGUGCUAUAUUUAGAACGAACAAUCGUUAAAUACACAGCUAUACACAGCUACUCUAUUGUUUUGUUUGCAUCUCUUAGUUUCCUGUGACUUGACCACUUCGACUAAGGGAAUCAACCACAGGUGCUUGGUGUGCUCGUUGUGUCUGUGUGUGCCUUUAAAUUGUAAAAAAACAGUUGUCAGAGAGCUAUAGGAAUGAGCAGCAGUGGAUUUUCAACUGUUUAGAUUAAGCUACUAAGGUAAAAGCUUUACCCUUUGUGCUCAGCGCAGGCAGAAAUAGUCCAACACCUCUCACAUGUCUGGGCUUUGGGCCUAACUGCAGGUUUAAUCCAUAGCAUGUGUACACACACACGGUUCUGACGGGCUGGAGUGUGUAGCAGCCAAAAAAAGACAAGGCAAACAGCUCAAAGAUACAAAGUUAGACAGUUAUUGUGCUGGAUUGUUACACUGAUACCUUAAUUUAUACAAAAAAAUAAACAAAUUGAGUGUUUGGCAAUCAUCGUGGUCAGGGCAUUGGCAGCUUUCCUAAAGAGAACAGUGGGUAGCUUCUUUCUUUAGAGUGUGGAAAUAUAUAGCCUAUCAUUUUUUAAUCAUUUAGUCCUAAAUUCAUUUGGUUAAAAUCUGUUAAACAUUCCAGAUAAUUCUUGGCACUGUAAGCAUUUUUCUAACACAACAAAGUGAAAUAAUAACGAUCAAAAUAAGCAUCAGUUGCAAAAGUGUUAGAAGUCAGAUGAGAACUUCUAUCGAGUGUGAGCUGAAUCAUUGGUGUUGUGCAGCUGAUGAUGUUUUCCUAUAUGGUCCCAGCAAUCUCCUUCAUCCAAUGACGCUGCUCCUGUGUAUACAGCCCAGAGCUCCGUUCUUAAAAUACCCAUGCUGCAUUCUGUCAUGCUUCCCCAGGGAGACUGCUGUGGGUCAGAGAUCCCACCGCGGGGAAUCUCUCCACUGUUUGGAAAUAGAUAUGGUUUGCUGUGUUUACUGAUUUGCAGCAGUGUACUUGAGGUUUGACUUUCACAGCACACUCUCUGUGCCUCUGAAAACAACAAAUUUCUCCUGAUUAAGAAUAAAAGAAUGAAGAUAAUGCAUUUGUCAUUUUACUCCAUAGUUUGACGUUGAAUAAUAAGACAUUACCUAAUCAUACACAGACCAUGGACUGAAUAAAAGGGUCUCAGUGAUGUUGUGUAGGGCUGGGCGAUAAACCGAAAAUUUACUGAUACCAAAAUUUACGUCAAUAAUCGGCAUCAUUCUGCCCAUAUCGGUAUAUCUGGUGUCAAAAUAAAUAAAUAAAUAAAAGUUGUUUUUGGAUGUGUGUAGGUAGGCUAUGGUCUCAUGUCCCUUUAAGACGCUGUCCUAUCCCAGAGACGUGACUCCACCCCAUCCAGUCCGUAACAAAGACGGAAAGACAGGUGAGGAGAUGGAGGACAGUUCAAAAGUUGUAGCGGCUGGAGCGGCGGCUGAAGUAGACAAAGUUAAUGUGGGAGGGGGUGAGCAGCUUGUGGAGUAGUUAUCGAGGUGAACUGCUCAAUGUAUCAUGAUAUUGAUUUAAGGCCAUAUCGCCCAGCCCAAAGUCGCAUAUGGGUUUGGCAGUACGCCAAAUCUUGCCUGAAAAAAUAGAUUCAUGCACAAACCCACGAUGUUCAUGGGCAAAGAUGUAGAAGAGCAGCACUUACAACUUGAACAGCCAUUGGAGAGCACCUUCACUUACAUUUCUCUGCUUGAAAAUAAACUUUUGCAACCUGUGAGGAGAAAAACACCUUCCAAGUGCAUGCAUAAUGGAGUGUGUCUAUGAUUGUUUUCCCUGUGCUCUUCCGCUUGCGAAACUUUGACCUGCAUGCUUGCUAGUUUUUUUUUUGUUGGUCCAGUUUUGUCAGUGAGUGGGUGGAUACAGUCACAGUGGUAGCUGUGAAUAUAACAGGUAUGAUAAUACUACCACAAUGCUUCACCUUUGGGAGUAGGUUAUUUUAUUGUUGUUAUAGCAAUAAAUACAGAUCCAGGACCUUUAAUGUUACAAAGAGUUUUAUUAAAUGCUUCUUUUCACCUAUGUUACGGCUCACUCAGAGUUCAAACUUUGCUUUUAUUUAUAAAUUGUCACCUAUUUAUUGUCCAUCAGACAACGAUUCACUGGCCAUUCAUUAGGUGUUUGCAAUGGUAACAUGACUCUGUUUCCUUUCUCUUUCACUUGUGUAAGCUUAAAACACACCGAUGAUUAAAUAAAGCUGUCUGUUUGUAUGCGCUUGGUGUCUGUGACACCUGCCCUUCCAGCACACCAGGGUUUGAUGUGCAACAGGAUAUAGCAUACCAUAGACUGCCAGGAUGUUUGCUGAGCGGUUAUCUUUGUGUGAAGCGCCAGACCCACCUCUUAAGACAACCUGUAUUAUGUCAAGAUUUUGAAUUGUUUGUCUCUCUAUUUUUAAAACGAAGAUUGUAAUAUAAGGUUGUAAAGCAGAGAGUGAGUGUAAUGUUUGCAGUUGAGUUGUUGUUUCUCAGUAACACUUAAUAAAAUGGAAGAUCCUGCAAAAGAGCAAUAAAAUCACAUUGAGCAGCAUUCUGUUUCAUAUCAAAUGCACUGCUUGCAAUAAUUUUCAACUUAAUUUGAUUUCUUUCAGAGCUCGGCAUGGCUCAGCGGAAGUUUGCCCAGUGCCUGGGAGAGUUUCAGUUUGAGUACAUCGGGGAUGCAAAGACAGACGAUGAGAAAUGCAUUGGUAAGUGUGGGUUUUGUCAUCUCACGUGGCGGAAACUAACCACUAGUUUUGCUCCAAAAAGCACACACAGGUUCUGUAAAUGUUUGUUUAUGAUUCCUACUCUACCAGCAAAUUAAGCACUGCUUGUGGUGUGCAACUGUGGUGGGAACAGCUGAUAAUUAUGAUGUGUUUAUAGCUGCUGUGUGUAUGUGUGUGAGAGAGAAAGAGUUAGGAGGAAAUAUAUCAUUCAUGUGCUUGCUUUAUUUUCUACAGAUGAAUCUUUGCAAGAGUUCUCGUCAUUCCUCAAGAACCUAGAAGACCAAAGAGAGCUGAUGGUGAGAGCAACCAGUCAGAACCUGCUUGAGAGCAAGGGAAAAUACCUGCGUGUGUGUCUGGCUGUCUGUGUGGUGUCUUACAAUUGAAUUAUUAUGCUGUGUAUGCCCGCACAAUGUGCACUUCCCCUGGCCUACAUCUAAUACUGCCCAUAUUAGGUCGUUGAAUCUAUUAGCGUCUAAUUCUGUCAUGCACCAGAGAUCCGGCUGGUGCUCCUAAUAUGAUUUUCUUUAAUGUACAGAACAGCCACAGCAUCCAAUAAUGCAGAGCAAGACCAGUCCUGAGGGCGGAUAAAAGCUGAUAUUGUUCUGGCAGAUCCUCCUCUUGUCUCUGUCUAAGGGUCACUGUCACGACACCUGCCUGGGAGUGGCUGCACAGAAGACAGGAGUGUAAAUUCACAUAAUUACAACCAAGCUUUAAAUACCAAGAAAGAUUCACAGCUCUUACUAGCAACAAGGUCCACCACGGUACAGCUGGUUAUGACACACGACCAUAAAACUAGCUUCUGUACAGAGCAGCCUUGUUAAAGUUGCUAGUUUAUAAACCACCCACAAAUCACACUUGGAUAUUGUGGAAGUUACAACUUAAUGGAAAGAGGAGUGAUUUGAAAGGUUACAGUGGGUCAUGUACUGCUGCAAUGAAGUGCUAUAAGUGUCACAAGAUGCAUGACCUUGUUUAAGGAUGUAUUCUGUAGUUAGUAAUAAAGCUUCUAAGGCUUGAUAACCAGUGACUUGUUAGGAAAAUACUUUUAAAAGAAAUCACACCAAGACAUAAUAGGGAAACACAUUUGAGUGUUUGCCACUUUCUAUAAACAGCCAUUGUCUUGUAAUGUCUGCCUGCCGUGUCUGAGGUUAGGGAGUGGGCCCAUCAUCAGGAGCUGACUGAGAUGACUGUUUUAGUCUUAGGCUCAGACAGUAAUGAUAAACAGUCGGAUCAGCGUUGCCCGGCAUCGUGGAAUGACAUCACAGUGCAAAGUAAGGAAAAAGUAGGACGGGCGUGCAGGCCCAGGCGUGUCCCGCAGCCAGCACAGCUGAAGCUCCCGAGGAAUGAGGGAAAACACAAUGACUUUAUGAAUGCAUUAAAGGCAAAGAGAGAGAUACUUUAAGGUCUGCAGUUGUGUAAUGUCAGUUACGUAACACAACAUAUCGAGGUCAGUGUGGCAUCGAUCGUAAAGCAGCACCCCUAGAGGCCAAGAUACCGUUUACAUCUGUAACUCAUCACUAAGCCAGCACACACUUAGGCUGGGAAAUGUGACUUACCAAAUUUCACAGGGGUUUGUCAUUGAGUUGAGCAAUAAGGAAUUAAGGCUUUAUGUCAACUUCUCUUUUUGUCUAGAUGAGGAACAUCACAGAAACCCUAAUGAAACCCCUGGAAAAGUUCCGGAAAGAGCAGCUUGGCACAGUGCGGGUAAUGUAUGACGCUUCUCCUUCUAGCACUUGAUCUAUUUUUAGCAUGUGCACUCUAACAAUUGCAAGAUAGGUCAUCAUUUUUCAGUUUAAUGCUAAUUACAUUUAAUUCAUUACAUAUCAUUAAACCCCACGAAUGUAAUUCUGCUCACGUUUCUCCACUUCCCACUGAACCUCCUUCAGGCGGAAAGAAAGAAGUACGAGAAAGAAACAGAGAAGUACUACAGCUCUCUGGAAAAGCUUCUCAACAUGUCAGCAAAGAAGAAAGAGCCACAGCUACAAGAGGUAUUUAUCCUCGUCUGAACUCCACCGACAGAUAUGAAACAUGUCGAUUCAUGUUUUCAUAAGGAGAGCAAAGUGGAUGAAAAGGGGUGUCUUGUUUGGUUAGAGAAUCCCUGUUUUUGGUUGUAGCGUUUUGUGCCAAAGGGGGGGAGAGGCCUCGCUCGCUGUAAAGCCUGUUGGACCGUCUGAGUUUCCACUGACGUGCCUUGCAGCAGCAGUUUUCCUGGCUUGUUUGGAAAGGAAAUGUGUACUCACUUUUACUGUACUUCCAAGGUUAAAGCUCAUUGUAGUAGUUUGGGGAAUUGCGGUAUCUACUGCAGUAUCAUGGCACAGACUGUUCGAACAAAUGUAUAAUAUAGCAAUCUCUCGUUAAACUGCCUUAAUCUUUUCCAUGAUACCAUUUAAGACCUCUACAUAUGCUGUAUACACUCACUGGAGAAAACACUCAAAGUGUGUUGACACUACUUCUGCAGACUGGAACUCUGACUCUAAUUAAACCUGGAAAGUAAAGACCCUGACCCAGAGCCUUGAACUCUGCAAAACUGUGUCAGCAGUGAAGUCAACUUGGGAACUGUUAAGUGAUUCUUUAUAAAGUGAUUCAGCUCAUCAUUAGUUGGCAUUCAGAGGGUAAAACCAAUCAUAGGAAGACAGCGUUCUGGAGAUGUUUUACAUGUGUUCACAGCAGCCGACAGAACGAGUCCUCUGAGGUGUAUGCUGCACUCCCAGUUGUGUUACAUAGCAAACUUGGUCAUAUGCGGUAAAUCCAUUGAGAGGCUUUUCUGUCAGUUUUUCUCUGUAAAUCUCCCCCUUGGGUGCUCCACUUUCCUUACACUACUUAAAUGAAGGCUUGCAGGUAACUGUAAAUUAACUCGCAGCUCUACUUUGCCUGUAGGCGUAAGUUAAAGUGUGUCAGCUAUCUAUACAUGUUAGCCCAAUGGAAUCCAAAGGAGAGCUAAACAAGCAGGAUUUCCCUGUAGAGCAUAUACCCAUAUAGAGGUGAUUCAAGGUGUUUCGCACAGGAAAUGGGUUUAAGAAAAUUUAAGAAUUAAAAAAAAAGAUUUGAUUGGAUUUAUUUUAAUUAAUAGAGAUGCUGCAGUUAAACAGAGUUCCAAUACAAAGCAUGUCCCCAGAUGAACAUUGAGGAGAGUCAAAUGAAUUUAAUUCAGAGGGUAAAAAAGAAACAUUUGAAGAUAGUAUUCAAUCCAAGUUUUAUACAAGAGUUGUAUUUAAGAUGACAGAGCAUUGAGAGGUUUUUAAGUCUGCAACAAAGGAAGGUGCAGCAGAGAAACAACCAAUCAAGGGCAUAGGUUAAAAGCAGAGUGUACUCCUUGGAUUACCAGGGAGCUAUUGGAUUUGCCUAAAGCAUAGUAGAUUACUCAGCCUCACCGUGUUCUGACUGGACAUAAUACCAACCGACUGUUUCUUUGUGAUACAAAUUUUAUUGAGGAAAGAUAUAUAAUCAUCAAAACUUACAUCUUACACAACAAAUCCUUCUUUAGUUCAUUUUUUUCUUGCAUCAUAAGAUAAAAAGAUAAAUGAACAGUGAUUACCAUAAUGAGACCCUUAAAAGUUCCAUUUUCCAUCUUCCAUUUUUAAUCUUGCAAAGGAAGUCACAUGACUGAUUCUUAAAACCCAUAAAGUGCAGUUGAGUUAAACAAUCUAUGUCACAUAUUUAGGAACAUUUUUGUAAUUCUACAAAGAUUUAGUGGGAUUCCCUCUCUUACACAUUAUGAAUUUUUCCUCUUUCCUUUUCUUUUGAAGCUGUUUGUCUGUGUGUAUAGCUAGAACGUUUCAAAUGUUAUACAGUUGAUACAGCCCGUCUGAGACAAACAUGUUAUUUGUGGCUCCGUAUAUUUGAUUUGAGAACCAUCUGUCACUUUCAAAACGGAACGGCCACCUCACUGAGGUAUAACGCCAUAACAUAAAAACCUCAAAUUGCGCUGCACUAUAAUGUUUCUCCUCUCCCUCAAUAAGUUUGUGUGUCUCUAUAAUCAUCCCGGUGUGUGUUCUCCCCCUCUACAGGCAGAUAUCCAGGUGGAAACCAUGAGGCAGCACUUUCAGGAGGAGUCACUGGACUAUGUUUGCAAACUGCAGGAGAUCCAAGAGAGAAAGAAGUUUGAGUGCGUGGAGCCUGUGAGUGACUGAACCCCACGGCAGUGACAGCGCUGAAGGGGUUUAUGUUUCACAUUAAUGAAAGAAAAAAAACAUGCAAAAUUAGACUUGUGCGUGUGAAGUUUCUAUGUUUUAUUAAAGUGAUUUGGUAAUGCAAACAUACAUGACAUUGUGAUGACUCCUUUGUGUUGUUGAGUUUCUGUUUCACUCGUCACUCUUUUUAGAUGCUGGCCUUCUUUCAGACCGUCUUCACCUUUUAUCAUCAGGGCUUUGAGCUCGCCAAAGACUUCGACCACUAUAAAAGAGCACUGCAGAUCAACAUACAGAAUGUAAGGAAUACUGAUGGUAUAUUAUUCUACAUUUUUAAUAAACAUGAAAAUUAACCUAACUUUAUCGCAAGAACUGUGGCUUUUAUUAACAAUAAUGGUUUUUAGAUUCCAAGAACUGAAAUCAAUUUGGUAAAAAGUUUGACUGUUAAAGUGGGGAAGUCCCCAAAGUUGUACAACACAUGUGCUGUUUCAGUUUCUCUUGCGUUCUCAGUUUAAGUCAACAACUCACCCCUAAUCUGAUUUCACAGAAGAUUAAGGAAUCUACAAUGCAAGUCUUUUGGUUUUGGUUUGCAGGUCUCUCUCAAUUAAGGAGGUUUCCCUUCCUAGAACAGGAACAGGAAGUGACUGACCGGAGUGUGUGUUUUUUCUUCUUUUCCCUCUCAGACAAGGAGUCGCUUUGAGGGCGCGCGAUCAGAGGUUUAUGAAUUGAUGAAGAGGAUCAGGGAGACCCCUCAGGAAUACAGACAGACCAGCCCCAUCAGCUGUGAAGGCUACCUCUAUGUGCAGGAAAAACGUAUGAACUUGAGACUAGAGAUAUCCAUGUCACACACUUCUGCACAUUUGACAGCCCUCACAUAAUAAAAUGUCCUUUUUCAUAUUCAUUUUGGUCCUUAAGCUCUUGUAAGAGUUUGUUGCCAAACACAACAGAUACCUUCAUUUUCAGUGUUGCAAUAAGCAUUACAUCUAUUCCUCUAUUCUCUUAGGGCCGCCUCCCUUUGGCUCGAGUUGGGUGAAACGCUAUUGCACAUUUGUCAAAGAACAGAAGAUCCUGCACAUGGUGACCUUUGACCACAGAUCGGGUGGCAAAAUUGUGAGUAGCCGACCCGAGCAAAAAGAACUCGUAUGCACAUAUUUCGUCAAAUAACAUAAAGCAUUAGGCUUUUAUUUUUAGUAUCUUAAUGUUGACAGUACCUAUUUGACUAGAUAUCAAACUGUUCGGUACUAGAGGGAUGGAAACUAUUUCUUUUAUGUCCACUUCAUAGAAGUGAGUAUUUUUCUUUUGAGAUCAGCAGAGUUUGGAGUUUGGUAAAACACAGACAGAGACAUUGUUCUCAAAUGGUUAUCUUUCAAAUCCCCUUGCCGCUGAAGGGGCUGUACAAUAUUUUCAAGCUGCACAGUUCCAAAAAUGGAUAAAAGUUGACUUUUUAGUCGAGUUGGAAAUGUUGGCUGUACUUUGAGAAAGGUUUGUGAGGUGUCUGCGACGUUCAUGUCAGGUUUAUAGGACGGGAAAAAGAAAAGACGACUGAAUUGAAUUGAAUUGACUGUGCAUUAAUAUUUGUAUAAAGAACAGAUUUGGACAUAAUUCUACUGUGUGAAAUUACUGAUGUAACUGCAAUGUCAGCGGAUUACUGCUUUCGUUUUUUUGAAUAGUGAUUAUGAUUUAUUGUAACUGCAGUUGGUUUUUCCCUAUCUCUCCUAACCAUGUUCACUCUGUAGUAUUUCACUUUCAAAAUAGCAUCCCAUUCAGUGAUUUUGUGUGUGUGUGUGUUUGUGUGUAACCUCAACUUCAGUUAUAGUAUUUACUUUUACUUUCAGGGGGAGACGGAGUCAGUCACUCUCAAAUCCUGCGUCCGCAAAACGACAGACAUGCUUGACAGGAGGUUCUGUUUAGAACUGGACAUUACUGACAGGUACAUCAUUACCUCGUACUUCCUGUUAAACACACUUAAACUGUAUCAUUCCGGCUGGUUUACUUAUUAUAUUUGUCACAACGGACAUACAUACUGUAUGAAAUAAAAUCCUCUUCAGUAUUCCUGUUUGAACACUAUUUAAAAAAAUCCUCUGGCACAUAAAUGAUCCAGUGUUGUAUCAGUCAUAUGAAAAACACCUUUAGACUCUUGGUUAAGAUCUUUGACUCAGAAAACACUACAUGUCUUUUGGAUUGUAGAGGGCAAGCAUUUGUCCCACCCUGCUCCGCCCUUCUGUCAUUUUAUCACACAACAUAACCCUGCCCUGCCCCUGUUCUGCAGUAUUAAUAGAAGAGCAAUACUCCAGAUUUAGUGUUGAAAUUCAAGUCCACACAUCCAUUCUGAUUGGGAUGCGUAACUUGAUACCCAUCUGCUCCCAUGUGAUUGAGUAUCUCAUAAACCAGCUGGGAUGACUAAUAGAGCUCAUGUUUGUGCUUUCUGCGAAUCCAAGGUGCUAGUGCCCUUCAUAGAAAUUUUUUACAAGAGUAAUUAAUGUUUUACAUUGACACUGACAUCCUCUGAUGGCCCACUGUAAUGUGCCUCUUAGGCUUUGCCUAACUCAGAUGUGGUAAUACUCUCUCACAGGCCUGGGACGGUGCUCACAGUACAGGCUUUGUCAGAGGAUGACCACAAGUUCUGGAUGGAGGCCAUGGGUGGGAAGGAACCUGUGAGUCAGCCGCCUGAUCCAUGUCAUCAUCCAGCACUCACACUUUGCUCAUUAAUUUAUAGAAAACUUCAUUUAAUUUUACACAUACAUACUCUUACAGAAAAGUUUUAGUAGACGUAAUGAACUUUAAAAAGCCAUGAUAAAGUUUGUUUUCUGUCUCUACAGAUUGGACACUAUCUUGGGAGGACUUAUUCUAAAGAAAGAGGAAGUAAGGUCAUUUCUUAAUUUCCCCUGGGAUGAAUCAAGGAAUCUGAUUUAGAUUUUAGUGUUUUACUUCUUAAGUAAAUAAAUCCAAAAGUGUCAUUCAGUCAAAUUAGUGUAAUACCUGACAAUAUUUCUUUUCUUCAAUCUGUAGUUGAUGCCCAGCUUGAUGAAGUGGGUCUGAGUUUUGUGAAGAACUCCAUCAGCGCCAUAGAAACGAGAGGUAAGCUUCAGAUGUGCAGUAAAGACAGAGCUCAGUAUGUGAUCAUUGGGGAUCGAUAAAGUUCUUGUAUUGUAUGAUCAUACGAGAAUGGUUUGUGAUUUACUGAAGGAAAUCUAACAUUGUAGAGUGGUAGAAUCCCUGAAUUUUGAAUUAGUAACAGUUUAUAGGGGUGCAUUAUCUUUAUUUGUACAGAAGGGGGCAGACUUGCUCCAAUAUUGGCACAAAAAGCUUCCGAAGGCAGCAUUUAUUGCAGAUACUAAAGGCUGAAAUCACUUAAGUCCCUGUCAGUAUGCAUCAGUCUUUGCAUGCAUACCUGACCUCUUUUUCAGUCAAAAGUGGACAAGCUUUUCUCAACAUAUAAAAUAUUUCUUACUGUAAAUGCAACUUGCUCAAGUUGGUUCAGACUCCAGUGAAAUAAUCUCAAAGCUGCUGCACAGUUUCCACACACAGCUGUAUAUUUCUCACCCCCUUUUUGUUUAUAACUAAUUAAAUGGUUUGUUUUCACUUAAUUAAGAAUAGUACAGUAAAUAUAGAGUGUCAUGACUGUUGUUGCUUCUUAGGUAUUAAUGACCAAGGCCUGUACAGAGUUGUCGGGGUGAGCUCCAAGGUACAGAAGCUGCUCUCAUUAAUGAUUGGUAAGUUUAAGUCUCUUCUUUUCUCUCUGCUCUAGAAAUGUUCUUGCAUAGAGAGUAGUUGAAUGAAGUUAAAUUUUUAAUUUAUAUGCUACUGCACUAUCUCUGUGAUAUUCCUUUGCCCCUAGUUAGUUGGAUGUGGAGUGGAAAUGGAUAUGUAGUAUGUCGGUUGGGUAUUAAAAAGAUAGUGACCGACAUUCAGUCCAUGAUUCAGCCUGUCAAAGCUGUGUUUAUAACGUGCAACAAGUUCCCGGGAGUAUCUUUGCCUCUCUUCAUUCAGCUCUAUAUCCCCUGGACAGUGUGAAUCACUCCCAUUUGUCUCCUUGCACAUUUCUGGCUUUUGCUUCAUUAACACAUUACCUCUCAUGCUUUCCCCGGUUUUCUUUUAUUCCCCUCACUUCUUCUCAAUUCCUUUUCACUCAACUUCUUUUUUUUCUGUAGAGCUUGUCCUCUGUCCCUUCCACUGCUCCCCCGUCUGCUCUCUGGUUUCCUGCCGUCUCCAGCAGACACCGGCUCGCUUUCAGCUCUGUGUUCAGAAUGACAACAAACUCAAGCAGCCGCCAGUCUGUCUCAGCUUCCCUCCCAAAAACCCUCCAGCCUCCCAACCUGCAGACUCAUGCUGGAGACUUCCUUUAACACUCUGCUCCAGCACAUAAAAAAAGUUUCUUUAAACUGUGAAGUUUUCUGCCGUCUUCACAAUCCACAACUUACCGUGCGAAGAAGACGUAGCAUUACUGAGCAACCCUAUAGAAAACACAGGGUACUUUGAUGAUUCUGCCGUGAACUGAGAUGACUUCUGUGUACGACAGAGGUAAUACUACUACAGUGCCGAACAAACACAUUCACAAACACUUCAUGCAUACUACAGUCCAGAGUGAGUGGGUGAGAAAAGCUUUAAACCCUGAAGAAAGACUUUUGGAUCUUCCCACUCCUCCUCCUCCUCUUUUGCAUCUCUCACCCACUGACAUGGCCAGGGUCCAAUCAGAGAAGGACAGUGCAAUACAGAACAAGUCUCCCAUCGUUUCACAGCACAAAGACACCUAUUGAAUAUCAUGCAACAGUAUAACAGGAAGAAGAUGGUAAAAAUGAGCUCUGCCUGUUUGACAGUAUAUGGAAGGGGGGAGUGGAUGGUGUCGUCAUGACAUGGUACAGUCUAAUAGUUGCUGAGUUAGACGUCUCAGUUCUAUACUUAUAGCUGCAGAGUGGAGCAAAUUUGAGGAACGCUGUCAGGCAUUUCUGUAGAACCACUGGAUAUGUAUCAAGUUUUCAAGGAGGAAAUGACAAUUAAUGCAUUGACCUCUGGAUAUUGUUGCUUGGUGGACCUUUUUUUAGAAGAAGAACUGACUUUCUUCCCUUAUUGAAUUGUAGAUGUUUAAGACAAUCUUGACGUAAUUUGGAAGACGAAGAAGGUCAUGUAACUUAAAUUACCAAAGACACAGGCUACAUUAAUGCUUCGUAAGUUGCAUUCAUGUAUCCUUUACUUGCAGCCUUUUCCCCCUUGCUAGCCCCUUCUACUAGAAAUGCAUAGGGAGGUGCAAGGCUAUACAUGUGAGAUGACAUAAUACAUCCGUUCCUCUUAGUGUGACAUGGAGUGGGGCCCAUUUGUGUUGACAGCAUCAGCUGAUUAAUCCUGGAUCAGCCGCCAGUCCGCUUUAACAGCUGUUCGUGUUCACACACACACACACACGUCCAGUAUAUGUAUGUAUAUAUUUUCUGUGUAACACACACAUUAACCCCUUUUUAUCUCUGAGUGAAAUCACCAUGUAUCGUGACCUAUUUUCAGGGCAGCCCACAGUGUCUGUUUAAGGGUAUGUCUUAUCUCCGUUAUUGAACAUGAAACUCUGGUAAUGUGAAGAGUCAGUGAUGUCUCAUCUGCUACAGCAUCAAGUCAGAGAGGGAUAUUUGUGUGUCUGUUUGUUAAAAAGGUUGCUCUUGUGUAACCUAGCUUGUGUAAUCUAGCUCAACCCGAUCCCCUCUUGAGCAGCAGAAAGAACUUUCGGUGCGUUCAAAGCAUGGCGAAACAUCACAUCUUCCAGGUCAUCUGCAGUAUGAAGACUCCUAAAGUCGUUUCAGGAUGAAUCGUUGAGUUACGGUAAAACUAAGCUAGCUUAUACAAUGUGCUCAUGUCAGUCAAAGUGCUAAGGCACAGGCGCCAAGUUCCACCCACCAACUGUACACAGAUUGGACAGCGUCUGCCUCCUCACUGGGUGAAGCCACCCCAAGAAGAGCACCCUCUGGUGACAGGCUGCAGUAUAGGUCAUUAUUCCUGCCUUCGCCAGCCAUCCUUACGGAGCUGUGGACAAACUUAAUAGAUUCAUAACGCCUGCUUGUGAUGUUGACAUGUAGUUACUGUAAGUCCUUGAUUUAGUACAGCAUUUUUACAUACAUUUUUAAAAGUUAGUGGGGGGGUUCAUGUUUUCUAUGAUUGACACUUGAUAUAGCCUAUGGGCGUAUGAAGAUUGUGUAACUCAUCCGGGAGAUACAAUGUUUUGGGCCGAGCGUCAUCACAGCGACUCUCUGCGACUCUCUCGCUGAAUAUGUACAACGCUACUGUGCAAUGUUGGUUUCAGAAAAUAAAGAAAAAAAUACAGAAUUAAUAAGAGCUUUUCGGCUUCAAAUCCAUAUACUGGCAGAAGGCUGAACCAAGUUGUCCACAGUAUAUACAGUCUAUGGUUUCACCCUCGUUUUCAUACUGAUGGCUGAUCAAAAAGUCUACUGGAUGUGGGUGGGUGGGUCUUCUGUAAUCAAUUUUUCGGAAGUUACCUGUCAGUGUCAGGAGGUCUGAGUGUGGGGAAUUGUGAAGCUCGAAGACCACCAGAGACACACUCUUCAAGAAGUUUAGUGGCAGCUAAAGGGGUCAUGAGAUUAUUAAAAAGAUAGAGGUGACGAAGUAGAACCGCUGUAAGAGCUGGCACCUUUUCCCUCUUCUUUUUGUCAGCUGUCAUCCCUCGCUGCAUCCUCUCCUCUUUUAUGGAGCAUAAGUAAUGGUAGCAUUUCACAGCCAAUAGAUUCAAACUUUUCAUUCAUAGCACCACAUACUGCUACUCAUUAGUGAUGUUGCUCAUGCAAAAGCAAGAUGAUGGGAUCAGUUUAUCAAUCUGUCGAUUUCUUUUCAUUUAACAGUAACAAAUAUAUCUGUCGGCAGAUAAUAUUGGUUUGCAAGACUCUAUACCAGAAACCUCUGGAGCAGCGUAAAUUCUUUGACAAUAUUUUCAGAUAUAAAAACUUUUUAUAGAACAUAUAAAACAGAAAACAAUUCUCGGGGCUGAUUAGAAACGGUGUCACCGAGUAAUUUGACCAGCAGAGUGCCCUCUGUCUUGAUGAUUUAUGAUUCACUUAGACUUACACUACAGCACAGUCUACAGAAGGUGAUGCAGUUUGUCACAGCUGGCAGAUGGCAUUACGCAGUGGAAUUAAUUGACAGUGAAAUGGUAAUAUAAAAGUUAAGUUCAUUUGUUCUAAAGCAGCAUUUUUUGUACACUUAGUUGCAUUAGUGCAAAGUUAAAGCAGAAAAAGUGUUUAUUUUCCUCUUCAGCACGUGAUAAAUUCACUACCAAUUGCAGAAUCUGCUUCAAAAUGCUGUGCUUACUUUUUUUGUCCAGUACAAUAACGCAUUACUGAGGUAGGUAAAACAAAGAAUUAGACCCUCAGGUUUAACGCUGCUCUAUGCAUGGUAGUUUCAUCAUCAAAAGUAUUCAGUCUUUUGCCAAAAAGGUGUUUUUCAGUCCCUGACUCAACCUGGAUCAUACCUGUUUGUGCUGGAGCAGACUACAGAGCACGAGUAGACCCCAUCAUUCUCAGCUUACACACACUUACAGCAGCACAGCUUUGGCCACUAACACUCCACACAAAAAAACAUUUGCUUUUAGAAGUUGAUAUUGGACUGACCAUUUUGUGGACAGAGCAGACGGAGAAACACAAACCUGCUGGAUGCAGCACUUUCGAGGAAAUCAAAAUAACAAAUUUUCUGUGUUGCACAGACCACCUACUGCCCGUGAAAACAAAGUCUGUGUGUUGACCUGAGCUCUGUACAGUACACGUGCCUGACUCGCAACAUUUCACUGCCACUGUAACUCAUCAGAGGUUACUUAAGGUGGGACUAAAGCCCACUGAAUUUCCAGCACAACACGGCCUUUAAGUCCCAGUGGAGCCGAUGAAAUAGUCAGGGAUUAAUUAAAGUUGUAAUGAGUAUAGAACCAGCAGCCCUUUACUGAGGCUGUAACUUCCUUCCAUAUCCACUGGGGCAAACUCCACCCAAAGGCGAUCUGCACUGCUUUUAUCCUCAUAAGGCUAAUUACAAGUCACAUAUUUAUAUUUCAUAGUUGGACUUUCUAGAUUGCCCAGGAAAACAAUGAAAUGCAGUUUUAAUGUAGAAAGAAGUAGGCUCUGUAGUGUCACCUCAGUCACUUGAUUUUCAGGCAAGAAUCUGUGAAUGUUUGUGAUUGAUGCAGAUGAGAAGAGCAACGAGGUGGAUCUAUCUGCUAGUGAGGACUGGGAUGUCAAGACAAUAACAAGUGCACUGAAGCUUUAUCUGAGGUAAGACAGAAAAGAAGUUGAAGGAAGGUAAGAAACACAUGCACACAAAAAAACUAGAACUACUUCUAUUUGUCUAACGAAAUUGAAAAGUGUCGUUUUAAAGAUGUAUUGUUUUUAGUUUUGCUAAUUGUAAUGUGAAAAACUACAUUUUCUGUUUUCUGCAUCCUCAGUUCUCUACUUGGUCGUAUAUGAUGAUAAACUUUGAGUUCAAGACUGUUGGCUCAAUAAAACAAGCAAAACAUCUUUAUGGACUGCUCAAGUUCACAAAAGAGGCAAAUGUUUGAAUCAGUUAAUACUGUAAGUCGAUUUAAGGAAGAAACAAUACUUACGACUUAAAUAGCUCAUAGCAUGUCUGAAACCUAUGCUGUCAUUUGGUUGAAGUUUUGAGUAAUGUGAUUCAUUCUACACAACCGAAGAUGUGAUUUAACAAACAGUUUUAUUGAUUCAAUCAAACAGAGAAUGUAAUUUAACUGGCACACAGACACUCGUGCUUGGCAUGUAGCUGUUCAUUUGAUUCAUUUUCGGAGCCAACAAACCACACUGUUGCUCUGCAGAUCCACUCCAGACCUCAAACAACCCCAGUUUUUUGACGAAAAGUUCAUUUUAUAUUUAAGUGUAUCUUUUUUUGAUAAAUAUUUCAUUGGAACAUGAAACAUUUCAUCCAUUGACGACGCUUCAACAACCUCUUGUCUAAAUGGGAGUUAAUUAUGCUAAGUGCCUCAGGAUAAUUAACUCUGCAAGGUCACAUCUCUUACUGUAUGUCUGUUCCACAUUCAUCCUCUCCCCUCAGGUUUAAAGUGACAGCCUGUGUGGGUGAAGUUCAAAGUUUAACUUUGUCGUUUAGUUUGUGAAUUCAGAUUGUUUUAGUAACAUGUAUAAGUAGCAGUAAAUUCAGUUUUAUUUUAGAAGAAGGCAAAGUUGUUUGCGUUCUUUUUACAAACAGUAAAAGUACUUACAGAAAGCUGAAAUUUAGUACCUUGAAGAGUCCCUGUGCAUCAAAAACUUUGGUUAAAUGAUUAUGUUUGGACUUAACUGUUAAAUCAUCAUUGCCAGACUUCACAGCUUGGAUCUAAAUUGAAGUGUAUUGUGAGGAACUUUUUGUUUUUUUAUAUGUUAUGAAAACUUAAGUGGCUUUAGGCGAAUAAGUAAAAGAUCUUUAUCCAACAUAGAAUUAGAUGUUCAUGAUGUGCACUGUUAACUGUUUGUUUCUUCUGAUGGGCUGAUUUUUAGUGAUGGAAAUUCUGGCACUUUUUGGCGAUGCAGAUAGUUUGUCUCAGCUCAGCAAUAAGAGGGGGGUCUUCUGGCUCCUAAAUGGCUCUUAAAAGCCAUUGCUAUGUUUGCUUUUAUCAAAUUAGCCACUUGUAGCAAUCAUGAACUAGAUCUGAGUGGCCACACUGAACCCACAUUGAUACAGGGUUCAGUUUGAGUGUGUCGUGCUUGUAAAGAGAAAUCAUUCCAGUAUUCUGUCUCGGUAUUAAACCUACAACUGCUGGCUCUUAAAGUUUCACAACCUCUGAUUUCUAAGUUUUGAUGCUUUUCGAUGCAGUCUACAACCCCGUCACUUCAAAAUGUUCUCAGAAGCAUUUUGAUGUGACAUGAUAUAGGCUGUGAGAUGCAAACUAAAUGAGAUAUCGUUCGGAGGCUUUACAAGCGAACAUUAUGUAAAACCACACCGAGUUCUGCUCUGGCUUGUCUUUUAGAUGGUGUCCGGCCUGCUGGAAUAAAGCAGGGUCAGUCUCAGUUUCCUCUGAGGCUAAGCACCUUUGGCCACUAGCCAGCUGCAGUGUGAAAGUACCUUCAGAUGAACUUGGUUAUCUCAAUGUGUGCACCAUCUAAUUCCAUCCCCUGGCUCAGCCACAUUAAUCAUUGCUGUGUGCAGACCCUAUAAAACAGUGUGCAGGCUAUUUCUGUCCCCCCUUGCUCACUUCAGCCCCCCUCCACUCCCCACCCCACUCCCCUCUCUUAUUCUCUCUCCCUCUUUCUCUGAAGGAGCCUGCCUGAGCCACUGAUGACCUACGGACUUUACAAAGAGUUUAUUAGCCCUGCAAGUAAGUUUUGAUCACCACUUAUUCCACCUCUACUUUUAAGUACAGUCCACAACAGUGUACACAGUUAAUGUGUGUGUUUUUUAUGUUUAUAUGAAACUUCCAUUUACAUCCUCAUGAGUAUCCCAGUGCUGAAUCAUCUUUGUUUUGGUUUGCUUGUUUUUGGACAGGCUUUACAAAGAAUAUGAGAAAACUGAUUAUUCUUGAUCCUGCCACUUUAAUUUUGAUUGCAUCUUUGUACAGUCCAGCUUUAAUUUCUCAGCAUCUCAGUCAGUAUGUUUUGUAACAGCCAAAUAUGAUCAAAAACCUGCAUAAGGUGUGCAGUAGUAUCCUUUUCCUUAUCAGGGCCCUAUGAGUAAGCAUAUCCAGGUUUCUUUAAAACCAGGGUAAGAACUGAUCCUGAAUUUGGGAGAAGACGCUUACAUGCACAAAAGCCUGUGUCAAUUCAUACUGUAUUUUUGGACUGGCCUGCACCUUUGACCUAAGUUAUAGAGAGACACUCAUCAAUGCUAACUGUUGCUAGGCUAUAAAAGUUGAUUCACAGCACUUCCAUUUCACUCUCCUUCCCUGAUAUUUGCCUAAAUUAAUGGAGACUUUACAAAAGGUACUAUAUUAAAACAAUUAAAAGCAUAUGUCUUGGCAAUAUCAGCAUUAAUAAAGCUAAAUUAGGUUAGUUGUCUUGCUUCAUUUUGAUUUGUCAGUUAGAGAGAGGUCAUGUCAGCAAGUGACACGGUAUUGUAAAGUUGAAGUGUUUUGAACUGAAUGUGCUAAGUGAGCACCAAAGCACGGCAUAUAUUAAGGGUGUCCAGUGGAUUGAGGAUGAUGAGUUAGGGCUGGGCGAUAAACGGAAAAUUUACCGAUACUGAAAUUUACGAAAAUAACAGACGUCAUUUCACCAAAAUAUAUAUUGUCAGUAUAUUCAGUGUCAAAAAAAUAAAUAAAGAAAAGUUGGUUUGGAUGUGUGUAGGUAGGCUAUGGUCUCAUGUCCCUUUAAGACGCUGUCCUACAUCAGAGACAUGACUCCACCCCAUCCAAUCCAUAACAAAGAGGGAAAGACAGGUGAGGAGAUGGAGGACAGUUCAAAAGUUGUAGCGGCUGGAGCAGCGGCUGAAGUAGACGAAGUUAAUGUGGGAGGUGGUGAGCAGCUUGUGGAGUAGUUAUCAUCCAUUUAUCGUUAUUGAGGUGAACUGUUCAAUAUAUCGUGAUAUUUAUUUGAGGACAUAUCGCCCAGCCCUAUAAUGAGUACAGAAAAUGCUGAUCCACAUCAGUUUUGUAUUAGAAAUAGGUGCUGAAAGCAAAACAAACUCAUUAUAAGUAGACACAGGCCCUCAUACAUCACCACACAUCAUUGCAACUUCUCUAAACACCCAAUCAAAUGUGGGAUAUUGCCCAGUUUCUACUGAAGUGUCCCAGGCAGCAUGACCAGGUACCUGAAAAUCAAGUGAUUUUUCUGCGUUUUUAAAAUCAGUGUAAGAUGUUAAACUACUUUAAACAAAAACCUUUAAAAAAUUCACCUCCAGGAUACUGGAUGUAAAAGAUUUUUUACACUCAAAUGUGCUAUUGAAAACUCUAAAUUGAUUUUUAAAAAGUGAUGCAAAUCAAAUGAUUUCAACUAACUUUUUACAGUUUUCAGCUCCGUCAUCAAACUCAAAGGACCUUUAGCCCUAAGUUGUAUCUGUAGUUGCUACCUUAUUCCUGACUCUUGACAGUGGUUAGUCAUAGUAUCUUGAGUAUGAAAUUUAAAUUUUUGUUAACUUUUAGUAAACUGAACUGACCUAAAAACUUUUCUUUCCCAUAAAGUUUUGAGAAUGUCUUUGAAAUUUGAGACUGUUAUAUAACAACCUGUCCAUGUCCCCUUUGUGUUUGUAUAUCAGUUUUGACUGGCUUUUAAAACUGUGUGGCCAGAGAGGAAGUUAAAAGGUGAAAAAGUGACAAAUAUGCUGUCAUUUUCCUGCCCUCAAGGUUCCUACUAGUGACCUUGAACAGCAAGUAGAUGCUUUUAUUCCCGCCCACAUAACGUCAUUUGUGUAUGAAAUGUUUUCAAAGCGAGCCAAACUUGAAUCUUAUUACAACAAGUGCUAUAAUUGGAUCAGGUUGACAUUUUUAUCAGGCGCUUGCAAUGCCUUCAUAACGAGGGGGAAAAAAUGGAUUAGCAAUGAAUAUUUUUUUGAUGGAUGACAGCAUCCAUAAGAGGCUUUUUCCGUGUUUAAAUCCUUGUCGUUCCCAUAGUAAUGAUAUUUUGUGUGUCUGUGUGUGUGCCUGUGCGUGGGCGGUCAGAUGCCCAUGUGUGAGGAAAUGUUUAAGAGAUGAUCUAGGGGGGGGGGUUUACACAACCCUUUUAUACGGUAGCAACAGUAACGUAACGCUAUCUCCUUCGCCAGCAUAGUGGUCCCUGCUGCCAAGUACUGGGAGGCUUACAACCAUAUAUCACUAUCACACCUCUUCUUCACAUACCUAAACUGGAAUGUAUCCUCUUAACCUUAUACUGGAGGGUGAUAGCCUCAUUCAGUCAUUCUGUCCUUAAAGGUCCAUUAAACUUUAAUUUUCAACAUUGUGUUAAAAUAGUUUUUUAGGACUUUUUGAACUGAUGGAGGGUUUAAAUCUUCACUAAAUCUCUGCGCCUUAAAAUCUGAUUGUGCAACACUCAAAUCAUCUGUCUGUUUUUUAUCGUUAAAACCUUUCAAAUGUGCUAGUUUUCUGAAGUUGUACAGUAUUGGAUCAUAGCUGCAUUGGCUCUUUGCCACCUGAGCAACACAUACAAAUCCUUGUAGUUUAAUGCAAGUGCACGGCUGCUUCUGUGUUGAACAGAGGGCGGUAGUCCAGAGUCUCGUAUCCAAGCCGUCCACUGCCUGGUCCACAAACUACCGGAGAAGAAUCGACAAGUCCUCGGGCUGCUUAUGAAGCAUCUGGCCAAGUGAGUGUUCAUAGUUCCUUGGUCAUAGUUCACCCAAUCUCCGCCCCCUCUCCCUCUCAGUUCUCUCUCUCUUUUCUGCUCUUCCUGUCUGUCUCCUCAUUCUCACUCCACAUGCUUUUUCUCUCUCUUCCUCACUCCCACUCUCUUCACUCCCCCUUCCCUGCUGUCACUCCAUCUCCUCUCUGUCUACUUACUGACUGCUGGGUAAGAAAAUUGAUGCUGCUAGCGUAUUAACAUUCCUUUUUGCUUUUGCUGGGGUCAUUCUGGUUUACAUUUAAAGCUGUUGAAGGAGGACUGUGCAGCGCACCGUACCUGUUCAGCAUGCUGUCAUGCAGCCCACCACUGAAAUGAAAUGAAAUGGACCUCUCAAAUUAAGCCCUCUCUUGAGAUGACUCCAUACACCCCUGGAUGGAGCACCAUUGUGCAUCACUCCAUUUGAGAGAUUAGAUGGGGAGAAAGAUUUUAGAAAUAAUGUUAGCUAACAUUACAAGGUUUUACCUCAGCAAGCUUUUUAUAAACUAAAUAUGAGCAAAUUGAAGAUAAGUAAAUAAUCCCUCUUCCCUGAGGCAGUGAAAGUCUGGUGGAUCUUAUUUCAUAGAAACCCGCUGCAGAAUCAGGCUCUGGUAAAAAGGCAGCGCUAUUGAAAUUGAAUUUGGAUUAUCCAGCGUGAAAUUCUCCAGACUGGAGAGACUCGAAUAUUUUUCUGAAGUUGGCGUGUGUGCAUGUCCUGCAGGGGAAGGAAGCAGAGCCAGAAUUUCACACUGCUAUCUGAAAUGGUUUCAGAGAUGUUAUAAAUGUGAGUUGUCACCAAUGUUUUUGUCUUCAAAGGCAUCCUUUGAAGCUAUUUAAACUGUCUCUCUGCAGACACACUGCAUAUCAUCACAUUUUCAGUGUGAAAUCUCCUCACCUGUCCGAACAACUUUUCCUUCAAUCAGGGGAUCUCUCUGCUCUUAUUUGUUACUUUCCACAAGUUAAAUUCACUCAAUGGAUUUGAUCACACAACUGACUGAAAAUACAUUCGAUUAACUUGUGAAUCGUACAUGUCAAGUCAUCCAUGGCAUGCUGUGAAAAAUGUGAAAAUAUCCACUACCUCAGAUACCCACCGUCAUGGUUGCAAGUAAUAAGAAAUUACUGAUUAUUGAUCUCUAAAACAUAAAGAUACACAAAAUCUUCCAUUUUUAUUCAUGGUAAAUGAAGUGUGGGCAUUAUUAAAGGUCACUCUCAGCAGGCAGAGCAAGUCAGUGUUUAGAAUUAGGUGUAGUGGUUGGGAUUUCUUCCUUCUUACUGUUGUUGGCAGAAUAGUGAAAUGUCCUAAUAUGUGCUAAAUUACCCUAUUCCCAGUUUUUGUCUCUCAAAAUGCAGUGAUGGCCCUCUGCAGCUUUUAUUACCUUUGCAAUGUUCAAAGUAACAAAAAAUAAAAGACACCAUUCUGACAGAAAUAUAAAAGAGAAAAUACUCAAAGAGAAGAAGAACAAGACGAGAUUAAAAGCUGUCCUUCAAAAAUGCAAACUCUAGUUGUAUUUUUGAGACAUUUUGGACAGUUUGGGCCUCACUUGCUUUUCUCCAAGUUUUGCAUCCAAGAAAAAUCAACAAGUUCGGAAGUUGCUAUCAUUUUGAUUUAACAGUGGCGAGCUGCUUUGCUCAAAGCUUUUUUCUGUUGUUAUCAUCGGUUAUUACAAAAUCAUAGAGACCCACUCCAUGUCCUGUACGUCUGUGGAGCUUUUCAGGCAGUAGCAAAACCAUGGCAGGUAUUUGAAAAUAUUCUGGGAUUAUAAUCCUGUUGGUGUGUACUCUUGUUUUACUCUUAUCUACCCUUGUCUUUUUUUUUCUUAAACAUUGAAGUCAAAGUAAAGUAUUUCUGUGCAGAUUUCUUUGAUUAUAUUUAUUCUGUUUUAAGAGUUCAGUGGUUGCUGGUUGAAUAUUUAUUGUCAAGACUAGGUUUUCUGUUUUACCUGUCUCUCUAGUUUCUAACCCCGCUCUUAAAAAAAAGUGAAGUGAGGUUUGUAAGUUGCUGUAAAAUGUGCGUAAUGUGAGUUUUUAAUCCUCCUCAGUGUGGCAGCUCACAGUAAACAGAAUCUGAUGACUGUGGCCAACCUGGGCGUGGUGUUUGGUCCCACACUGAUGAGGCCGCAGGAGGAGACAGUCGCCGCCAUCAUGGAUCUAAAGUUCCAGAAUAUCGUGGUGGAGAUCCUCAUUGAACACCAUGAAAAGGUAACACUCACGGCUUGGAUUCGCCUCAGGCACCGUUCAGUGUUAACUGCUCUAUUUAAGAAACAAAACACUUCGGUAUACUCACUACAUCUCUCAGUGGAAGUAAUGAGUUUCAGAUAAUUUUAGGGUAUUGUAUUAUGUUUGAUAUUUCUCCAAAUAUUUGUCUUUGAUCAGUCGGAUCUUGACUGCACUGACUUUCCUAAAUGAUUCAUUUUAUCAGUGUAGUUUGGGAAUCAUUGGGUUUCUAUUUGCGGUCUAAAAGCUGUGUUUACUAAAAGCAAGGCACCCUAGCUGCACAUGGUCUGAUCAUAGCAGGAGACGAGAUCAGAAUUAGGUGACAUGACAUCAUUUUGCUGCAAACAGCACCUUUGUGUUUACCAACCUUGGUUCUGCAUGUUAUUACUUGAUACUGGUGGAUAAUAAAUGUGCAAGUUGAGCAAAAAGCCCAUGUGCAGGUCUCUGGCACUGUGCACUUUUUGUCUGUUAUCUGGUGGUUAGUCUUUUUCAUUGUCUGUUGGCAGCAGUGUGCACAUUAUACUUAACCUAUACCUCCUAUACUAUUUUUCUGCAGGUCCUGCCUAGUAAGGAUUUUAAGAGUUGUGUAUAUUCUCAUUAAAAUCAGUUCCUCAUAUUCAAAAUGAAUCCAGGUAAAUGAGUUUGAGUAAAUAUGUUUGGAUACAUGUGUUGUCUUUAUUGCUCUCUUUUAUAUGCAGAAAUAAAGGUCCUGGAUAAUUAGAUUUGCGCCAACACAAACCCCUUUGGAGAACGCAACAGUCCCUCAGUUAUUAUUUAUGUAGAGAAAGUUGUUAAGCAACGCUUUAGAAUUUCUCCAUCUCGCCAGUAGGAGGAGCCCCAAGUGCUCAAACCAGGGUCACAUAUAAGAUUUCUCCUUAUUUUCAGCAGGUUUUUAAUUCUGCAGAUUAUCACAUACAUCUUAUUUUAUAAGGAAGAUCCUUUGUCUGCCUAAGUACAUUUAUUUUGGUUAUGACUUGUUUUAUAACCUGUAGGUCAUGGGAUCAUGUAAUCUCCCCAGAAUGUCAUUAAUCAGUGCCAAUCCUCAAAGGGGGAUAAUUGUCUGUGUCAAAAGGGAGAAAGGGUUGAGAUUAGUUUUUUAAUCUGUUUGGAGCAGAACUGCACUCUGCAUAGAAUCAGAUGAAACCAGAAGCUCUUAGCGAUUAUUUUUCAUUUAAUAGAAAGAUGAUGAACAUCUCCACCGCGUGCUCACAAAUCAGAAAUGGAGUGUGAGAGAAUACAGAUGCCUGAUGAGCACCGACAGGAUACACAAAUGUGAUAAAACAGCAGCAGCAGCAGCAGCCACACAUACACAAUGUAUACUGUGAGUCUCUGAGACUACCCAGAAGUAUCUAACACCGUCCAGGUGAUAAAGGAUGUGGUGUUAGAAUGCAGCAAGAGCAUUUUUGAAAAGUACAGCGUGUUAGAGCAGGGGAAAAGUUGAGCAGACAGACAGGCAUUAACUUCCCUCACAGCUUAGUCCCACUCUAGACUGUUGAUACCCCCAGAUACCAACAGUAGACUCUGUUUUACAUUCACCUCCAUCUGCAGAGAGAGGCGAGAGGGAGAGAGCCAGGCAGCAGAAAACUCUCAGCCAUAUCAGAUUUCUCACUUUUUCUAUCUGCCUCUCUCAGAAAACUUUCUCUCUCUCUCUCUCACUUUCUCUCUCUUUAGCUCUCGCUCUCUCUCUCUCACUCUCUCUCUCACAUGCCCCUCCUUUGUGUCUUCCUCUCCCGUUCACACUCUCACUUUCUCUGCCACUUUUCUCUCUCUCUCUCUCUCUCUCUCUCCUCCCUUCCCUCCCUCCCUACCUCCCUCCUCUCCUCUCCUCUCCUCUCCCUGUCUGUGAUCCUUUCUGAGGCUCUGCUGAGACUUCCUCCUCCUCUGCAGCCCUAUUCUCUUUUAACUCUACAUCUGAAGUUUAUAUGUAAACAUGGCCUGGUGUAAACAGGCUGCAAAAGUUGGCCAACCCUCCUCCAGUCCGAACCCUGUUUAUUUUACUCUCCUCACUCUAAAGAGUGGGUCAGUCUCUCUGAGGAGGAAUGUCACCUUAACUUAGACUCCAGAUUCCUGGAUGGGAUGUGAUUGCGUUACAUGCAGAGCUGUUUUUGUUUAUUUUGGCUCUGACUAAAUCUUCUCACAUGCAGAUUUUAGGGUCCAAUCAAUGAGCUGCUCGGCUCUCCUUUGGUGAACAUGCUGUGCCUGCAAAUGGCCUUUUCCAUUCAUCUACCUCCAUAUAAAGCUUUUUAAAAUCCAUUCACUAAGUGAGGUCAGCUGAGGACAUGCUGCUGCUGCUGCUGCUGCUGCUGCUCAACUCUCUCUGAAAGUUUCUGCACUGUGCUUUUGGUUUUGGUAGAGACUCACUAUUAUUCUGUAUUCAGAUCUUUGCAGAUGCUCCCGAGUCGUGCCCUCUUUCACCUGCUGCCCUGGUAUUCUCUGCCCCCACGAGGCAGUCCAAGAAGCUGAGUCGGCAGAAUCGGCCCCUGGCUGUCUACAACCCACAAGCCCUAGACAUUCAGAAUGGUAAGACAAGCUCACAUCUGUAUGCUUCACAUCUCUGUGGCAUAUGGUUGAAGUUCCCCUGGACUCAAAAUAGAUUUCCUCUCUGCACCUGUCUUACAUUGAUUGUCAUCUUUAUGUCAGGACGUAGACAUCCAUAAAACGAAAGCAUCAGUUUUUAAGUAUUGUAAAUAUUACUUUAGAGUUUGUCAUCAGAAUGAUCAUUCUGAGGAAUAAAAACUGGUUCAAACCAAAUCUGGAUCUGGAUUCACUUAUCAUUGCCUCAUAGCAGUGUGUAAAGAUAACACACUAAACUUAUCCACCUUCUUUCACAGUCAUACUAUGAAGAUCAAUCGGCAUCUUUGUUGUUUACUUAAAAAUUGUUUAAAAUCCACUUCCUUUUUUGCUCGAAUUUAUCACCUGAACUGGUGAUCCUGUUUCCUCCAGUGAUCUUUGGCCAGUCAAAUCCCUCCCCCCUUGAUGCAAAAAAAUCUAAAUCUGCUUACCAGAUUGCCUCCUUUAACCUCCCUCGCACCAGCUUUUACCCCGGGGUAUUUUAAUAUCAGGGAUGAAAGGCAUAAUCCCUUUUUAAACUUUGUGUCUUUUAUAUAAGUCCCACAUAAUGGUAUUUAAAGUACUUUGUCUCAGCAUUCAGCGGGUAAAAGUGAUUUUAAGGUUGAUGAAAUGGAAAAAGAUACCAAAGCGUCUCAGUAUGCAAGUCUUCCUGUGACACUAUGUGUUAAAUAACCCCGCAGAGGUGUCACAAUGUUUGCAGCAGCAGGUUCGAGUGAUAAGUUGCUGCAGGGACAUCACUAAGAGCAACUCCUUCUGUUCUGUCACAAUUUUACUUGAUACAUUGUAAUAUUAAAACAUCAAUUAUGUCUGUUCCACAUUUUGAAAUGUAUAAAAAGAUUGAGUUUAGUCAGGAAAGGACAAUAAAAUAAAUUAGACGGACAAUUAGCAGUGAGUGAUUAGGAUGUCAGUGAAACAUUACGACAGUGACAGAUGUGACUUUUCUAACAAAUACUGGAGUCAUUUAAAAAAACCAACAAAGUCACUUAGCAAAGAGGAGUACAAACAUCGUAGCUUCUAAUGUCAUUCUAAAGAGACACAUCUGUAAGUGAGCAAAGUGUUUCUAACAAGCUGCUUUAAAAUCACAUUGAAACCCACUUAACAUGAAUGAGUUUAUUCAAUCUCACCCAACUGUUGCUCCUUUGCAAACGAGAAAAUCAUCAUUAUUUCCCUUGAUUCAUGAAAAUUGAAGCUCCAGAUUUACUUAAUCUGAGCAAGAUUCCAAUUAAAGAUUAGAGAUGGGAAUUAAUACGUUUUUAUCGAUAUCAGUGCCAUUAUCAAUUUAAUUCUUUAACGAUUCCCUUCUCAAUGACUUUCUUCAAUUUAAAAAAGAGUAGACUAUAGAUUUUUACCGUUGACCUAAAAUUUUAUUGAGUCUCUGAUAACAGAAAAAUAUGUUUGCCACCUUCAAGUGAGUCUAAGAAUAAUCAAACGCUGAACUACUUGUACAGCAUUUACUUCGGUCAGUAUUAAGUCAAAUUACGGUGACCAUAUUCUGGAUCCCCCAAAAAGAGGACACUACUACGAGCAAAAUUUUGAGGGCUUUUCAGGUCGGGUCAAGUGUUUUUACACGCUUCUAACUCAGUUAGUCCACGCUACUCAAACUCAAAACUUCCGUACAAAACCUGUUGUUGUCUUUUUUAGUAAAAUGAAGCCACGCUUUAGAUAGUUUCUGCCUACUUUUUGUACCAUCCACCAUGUUUUUUCCUCUAGUUCGCGUAGAUCUGCACUCGCGAUUCCGUUUUUCUAGGCACCCAGAAGAAAGGAAUCUUUAGGAUAAAAUGUAAAUGAUGUUGAUGGAUUGAACCAUUUGGAGCCAGUUCUCAACAAGAGCCGGUUCUUGAUUUCCAUCCAUAUUAAAAACAGUUAAGAAUUACUGUGUGCAUGAUCAGGGCAUUGAUAUUCAUUCAGUUAAAAAUCACUGGUAACAUACUGUAUACCAAUCAGCCAGAAGGUUGUGUUCACCAUCAUGUAAAGUCAAUAAAACUGAAGAUCACUUGUUGGCUAGUGGGAUAUGUUAGACUGAAUCUUGUCUUCAGACUUGAUGGGUUGGAAGCCAGACAAACUGUAGUGUCUUAGAUAGAGAGCAACUUUGACAAAGGACAAAUUGUGAUGUCGAGGUGGCUGGGUCAGCGCAUCUCUAAAACUGCAGCUCCUCUUGGGUGUUCAGGUCUGCAGUUGUUUGCACCUAUCAAAUGAGAUUAAAGGAAGGAAAAGCAGUGAACUGGCAGCAAGGUCAUAGACAGCCUAGGCUCACUGAUACUUGUGGGCAGCAAAGGAUGUGGUCCCAACCAACUGAAGAGUUACAGGAGCUCCAGCUGCUGAAACAGCUAAUGCUGGUUCAUGUGAAAAGGCGUCACAGUUUAAUGCAUAUGGGGAAUGUAAAGGUCUGAUGUCAACUCCUGUCCACAAGCUGAAAGCAUCUAAAAUAGGAGCAUGAGCAUUAAAAAUGGAUCACAGAGCAACAAAGGUGACCUGGAGGAACACAACGGUGUUGACUUGGUAUGCAUAUUUAGAUCUCAGUCCAACCAGGCGUGGUAUUAUUGGUUGUCCAGGUAUGUGCCGAACAACCAAAUCCAAUUCACGGAGGCUCAUCCUUACAGCUUACACAUUAGAGAACCUUUUUGGCACCAGAUUGCCACAGCAUACCUCCAGAGAUCUGAGUCCAUGUCUCUUCAGGUCCAGUAGUGAUUGAGUUCAUGUCUAAACUCACUAAUAACAAAUGCUUUUAUUUGAUCUAAUAUCAUCUCUGCAGUCAUGGUCAAAUGGCCCCUUUUGGUCUAAGAGCUUUGAUAUAUGUUUUCUGGGGAAAACAGAAGAAAUUUUCCAAAAGAAAAACUUCAUUUUGACAUUUGCUUCUGUUCUUCUUCUUCUGUCUCCCUAAUGUAUGAUCUUUACUUGACAGUAAAAUUGAAAUAAAAUAGCUCCAGGCUCUCUUGUGUUUCCUAGGUUUCUGUCUAUAACUGAGGUUGUGUACUAUUAUGAAAAAUACAAACUAGUCUUGCCUGUUUUGACAGCAGUUUGAUUUUAAACUCCUCUGUCGAUGCAGCGUUGCCUUACGUAUUGAUGAAUUAUUUAGCUGGUUUGUCAAGCAAGCUUUCAUCAGAGAGCCAGACGAGGCUGAAACUACAUAGUAGAGUGUAAUUAAUGUAAAGAUCUUGAUAAUUGAAAUAAACACUGUUUUUUUUUUUCUCUCUUAUCUUAGUACCAGCAGUGGGAGACGGCUCCAGCAUAGCUACAGAUGAGACUUCACUGGGCAGCAAUGAGUCUAUGUCCUCUCAGUCAUCAUCGGCCUCUGCCUCAGAGACUUCGACAGAGAGGAGUGACCAUGCACCGCUGAAAAGCAGCCUCAGCGCAGGCAGCAACUCUGGGUGAGUCUACACUGAAUUUCAAAUAUGUGACUGUGCACCACUAAAAAAUGAAGGUCAUGGAGGACGAGGGAAUAGACCAAAGGGGAAAAAAGUAAUAAAUAUGGUUUAAAUUUGGAAGAGGACAAUGUUUCAUCUGUAGGCUGCAAAUGAAGGUGAAGUGACUGAAAUAUUAAAUGCAGUAUUUCAUUCCACAUUUUGAUAUCUGCAGUUAGUUUGAAGAACAUCACAGAUGAACAGUCUAACCGAUCAGUUUGUUUGAUUUAAAUGUGUUGUGAUAAACUGUUUUGCAGUCACAAUGCACUACUUCAUUUAUGCCUGAUGAGUGUCGCUCGGAUGUGGGUGGCAUUUAACAGGUUGAGGACGAAGCUACAUAUCUGUGGUUUCAAUCUUAUUCAUUGUCAUUACAAAGGCUGACAUUUUUUGCAGCAUGAACAACACAUUUAACUUUUUUUAUGGCUGUGUUACAAUUAUGGUGAAUACCACCCCAAAUCCCAACAGCAAGGUAGUUGAUUGAACACACAUUUUAAUGGUUUGCAGUUGAUAUUUUUCUAAUGCUAGAGGACAUUUAGUGAGAAAAUAUGUGCAAAAUUGCAUUUUUGAGUUUUUCUGCCUUCAAAUUGCUGUGAAUCUUUCACAGACCCAAAUGGCAGGUUCAGAGUGUUCAGUUCAGUGAGAUUUCCUAUGUAGCAAAUCGAAGCCCCACCCCUGGAACCCUGGAAUCUGCUAUGCAGGCCACACUUGGAAAGUAAAGGACGAUAGCGGAACAAGCGUGUGCGUUAGCAGAUUGUAAUGCUCGUAAGAAAGCUAAUUAUGAUAUCAGCUUUCAUCGUGUCCCUAAAGACAUUUGUGUCAAAGAGCUGAACAGCUCCUAUGUUAUCCGGCACUUCUACUACACCAGCAAUGUUAGGCUGCAAGCUAAUAUGAAGACGAGUGUGCAGAGCAGCGCUGUCUCCGCCCACGACUCAGGUGAAUUGCUAAUGAGCUACUGGAGCUCUGCAGAAGAAAAGCCCUUGAAAAUGACACAGGUAACAUGAUUUUGGCUAAAAACUUCAUAAUCACAAUUUAAAGACCACUGAGAACACUUUGAAUAGUUAAAAAAAAAAAAGGUUGGAGUGGGAAUUUUAUGCUUAGCAAAAUAUGCAGGUUUGGAGCAACAUGUGCUGCCAUCUAGACAUCCUUGCAUAACAUGGCAAGAAGAUGAUGAAUCACAUUUUGCAGGUAUUGUACAGUAAUAGUCCUCAGCGGAAGAGUAUGAAUGCUAAACUGGUCUUUAUGCAGUCACCCUUUAAAAACACUUAAUGAAAUAAAAAUUAUAUCUAAGGAGACCCUAAACUGUAGGAAUGGAACAACAUUUCACUCUGGAAACUCCAGAAACUCCUUGGUUCCCAGUCGUUUACGGAGUGUUAGUAAAAGGUCAACAUGCCUGGUCCCAAAUUUUUAGAAAUGUGUUGCUGGCAAAGUAAAAAUUCGCAUCUGUAUAUUAUAAGAAAAUAAAAUUUGAAUCAUUCAGUUAGUCUCGUUUUGGUACAAUUUAUGUAAUCGUGUUGGUUUAUUGAGCUAAUUUCUAGUCAGUGGUUUUGUUGCUGAAUGUGACUCUGAGAGCUGUGCUGGUCAUUCUACUCACCCAGCGAGUCUGAUUUAGCUAUUUUGAUUUAGCUGCCUGUUAUGGUCCUAUUGCAGCCGACAAGAGUGGCUCUAAAAUGCCGCAGACUCCUGUAAGAGCCUGAAAGUUUGAGUCUUAAAUCUUGCUCCCAGUUCCCCAGGAGGUUAUUACAUCGGAGCUGCAGCCACACUUCGUCAGGGGUUGGCUUGUUGUGUGCAUUCUGUAGUAUUAUUACCUAUAACUCCCACUAAUGUUUAUUCAAUCAGUCAUAUAUGAAUUGUUUGUGCUUCUAUCUCUUUCUUUUGUACUAAAAUGAAGCUGCGAGAUUUUGUUACCUCGCCUCCAUUUAGUUUCCCUCUGUCUUCACUCUGUCUUUUAAGUCCUUGGUCCUUUUUGUUGUUUCCAGCCUAUGCCUUGUCUUGAAUGCUGAUGUGUGAGGGAUGAAUUAUUGGGUUAUGCUGCAGAUGUUAGACGCUCUGCUGUGUCAUGUCUACAGAUUCACCUUGAAAUAGACUUUUUCCUCAUCCACUGUCCCCUUCUCCCUUCUCCAUCAGCUGAAAAGAGCCGUAAAAUACAAACAAAUCCACUUCACAGCCUGACAGAGGACACUGUGAUUCCUCUCCAACUUUGACCCCUGUGGGUGUGUGCCCACCUGUGUGUAGGCAUGUUUGUAUCAAGUGUUUUCUCUAAGUUUCUGCUUCACAUAGACAAGGCUCUAUAUAACUUAUGUAACCGCCAGUUUUUUUUACCCCUGCGGGUAUUUUUUUUCCUGCUUUCCCACAUAUGUGGCAUCAUGUUGGAGGACGGAAGGAGCAAGCAGGAGGAGGUCGUAAAUCUAAGCUCUUAUUUGUUUGGGAGACAGGUGGCCGAGCGUUGGCCGUGUAAAUCCUAUUGACAUUGGGGAGAUAUUCAUCUUGUUUACCCUUAUAGCCGCAGCCGCUGUCCCUUUAUGAAGACUUGCGCCAUAUGUCACAGGGUGUCGCCCUGGCUUUGUUCACUCAUAAAUCUUAGCAUGUGAGAUAGCGGAGACCUGUUAGCACAGCACCUUUGGCCUGGAACCCAGGGAUUCAGCUUCUGUUCUGGCUAAAAAGAGGAGUCGAGGUGGCAAUUGCUGUAUUACUUUUAGCCACUGUUAGAAAUCUGCACUCUGGUGAGCUCAAAACUGCACCUGGAAGAGGAAAACGGCAAAAAUAAGCCGGUUUCCUGCAGAAAAGGCUGCAGCAAAUUCUCCCUGGUCAUACACAAAUGCAUCCUGACUCAUGCAGUAUCAUGCAAUAACUCUUGGUGGACCGUGGCGUGAUUUAUCAUCUCCGUCAUUUUCGAUGUCUUGCCUCAUUUCUCCUUUUCUCCCUAAAAACUGCGUCUCCCUGUGGUUCUGCUGCCCAGAGUCCUUCCCAAUGAGGUUACAUGUUUUAGCCACUUUUUUUCCCUUCCUCCCCUGCCUGUCCUUCAGCCCUCCAUGCCUCUCUCUGUCUGACAGCUGUGCCUCAUAAACUAGUGGAUCAGAGUUUAUUUCCUGCCCACCCAAACUUGAGGUGGCUGGGCGGGCAGCUUGGCUGUAGGUUUGAUCCUGCUUUUCAGCUAGAAACACUUCAAAAUCCUACCGCUGCACUUCUCUUCAGUAGAAAGAGAGUCGAUAGUCUUUUUUGUCUGCAUGUUAACUCCUCGCCAGGAUCAUCGAGGCCUGGAUGCUGCAGGGGGAAAUUCCUGCAGUAAUGAGAAGCAGCGGUUCACUUCUGUUGAUGGAUUUUUCCCUGCUACUAACCUGGCAGUGUGAGAUAAUGCAAUGAUGCUGAUGGUUAAAAUAAUAAACUGAGUGACCUCCUGUUGCAUUUCAUUUGGAUAUUUAUUGCUUUAUAUUGUAUGCCUCACAACUUUCCACUUAAUAUACCGAACAACUUCAGAAAUAAUACAAACAGAGUGGGAUUUUCACAUAUAGUGCAUUUUCACAAGAGUCCCCAUUUACUGUAUUUAAUCAUAUUUAGAGGAGAAGCUUAGCUAGGCCUGUGAUGGGUAAAAACAAGGGAUGAGUAAUUCAAAGCUUGAUGCUAUUUUUGUCAAAGAGAAAUGGCAAACGAUUUCCCUCGGUUUGGCUUAGCUAUAAUUGUGAAAGCAAUUUUGGGAUGAAUCCAUUUACCUCUGGUACAUUAAGCAAGUUUCUAGGGCAGCCGUGUGGCAUUCACCGACUCUCUCUAUCAAUUUAUCCUAGCAUCAUUUCAGUAUGUUUAUUUUGGAGGCAUUCACUGCCCUUUAUAAUCCUCUUGGAGCUAAAAUAAGGAGGCAAAUAUGUGGCUUCUCUCAGAUGUAUUUGAAUGCACUCUCUGUUAUUUCUUCUAUUGUACUUUUAUUGUAUUUUGUACCUGGUUUGGUUCACCUGUAGGCGGCUGAGGUGUUGUGGCUACUCUGCUUUCCCUUAUCUUGGCUGUGACCCAGGCAGACAGUGGUUGUGCCUGGGUCCAGGUUAAUGAGUGGAUUUGCUGCACUGCAGCGCACUGUCCCCCCAUGCUGAUGUGGAGCAGCUGAGCACCACAGUGGCCCCACACUGCUGCAGAGCUAUAAAUCACCCACAGUCAGGCCAGGCCCCGAACGGAACAGCCACCGCUGGGGAUGGACAAGCAAACUGAGAGAGAGGCUGGGGAACAAAUGGAAGGAGGAAGUGAUACAGAAUGGGGAAUAAAAGCAAGAACCUGGUACUGUGUGUCCACCUCCAACUAUGUCCACAUAAGAUCCCCUACCAUGCCCCCCCUCUCUCUUACAGCCAACUUGCUCUCUCACUUCCAUCAGUGCCAAUGUAACCACUAUUCACAACAUCCUCUCAACCUCCAGCCCCUCCCCAGCUGCUCCCUCUAAUUGCUUUUAUUAACGUCUCUAUGGGAGCGGCAGCUAGGAGCAAUUUGCUCAUUAUGUACUGUAUUAGCACCGGCCCUGGGGCAGGCAUGGAACACAGAGGGAUGCCUGGCUUACACUCCAGCUCUCCUCGCCUCCACUCUGCCUUUACCAGGACCCCUGCCUUUAUCCCUCAGGUCGCCCAUAGACUCAUUGGCCCUUGAACCAGCCAGGGUAGCACACAUCCACCUCUGCUAAAGAUCAAGCUGAUGGUUAGAGAGCUAAGAAUUAUGGUUGUCAUGACACAUAUUGAAGUCUCAUACAUUACUUUGAGCUUUAGAUGCGCGGGGUGACAAAUUGAGAAAUUGACAUAAAUUGGGUCACCAUAAGCCUCCAGAAGGGAUUAAUUUCACCUUGGCGUACAAUCUUCACAAAAACUUGGAACAAGACCAUUAUUUUCCCAAAACAUAUUCACUCAUUUAUUGUUUUGUGGGGGAUGAUGGGGCUGUGGGCUGUCAAAUAUGUCUCACCAAAAUAACUCAUCAAUGAGUCAAGACCAUGACAUCUGAUACAUGUCAGUGACAGGCUUAUCGAAGUUUUCAGAGACCCACUGUGUUUAUUUUCUAUUUUACUGAAUUAAUUUCCCAUAGUUUGUCCUCUAUCUUGUCACAUGCAUUGAAAGUAAGCACUCAUUGGUGGUCAGCUGUAUGGUCCUGGCUCUUACAGCCCACGUGUUGAUAUUUUCUUGGGCAAAAACAUUGAACUCCAGAGGGUGUAGUAGCCAUGAUAGGUCAGUACAAGUUAGCAGCCCCGCAGCAGGUGAUACAUUUUUUUCUGUAGGACGGUAGGGGAAAGUCCCGCCUCCUUUGUCUCUGAUUGGCUAGAGAAGUUGGAAACGUCAUCACACGCUCAAGCCAAACGCGGGCUGUCAGCUCUGUACAUAGAACGCAACACGACGGAACAUUAUCGCACUUCUGAAUCUCCUAACCCUAACCCUAACCCGACAGACGAUGACGUUUCACAGCCAUAAGGAAUAACCAAUUGGGGCCCAGCACUUCUAGCCAAUCAGAGGCGAAGGCGGGCGGGACCUUCCCCUUCUAUCCUACAAAAAAAAUUUAACGCCCCGCACUUCGCAAAGCAGCCUGUCCCAAAGUUAUGCCAACGGGUCAAGUCUGCAUGUAGCGUAAAAGGGCUUUUAAGGGGUCAAAAGAUAAGAAAAGCGCUAUGCUAGACAUUUUAAGAAGCUACUUGUGUCUUAGAAUUUUAAAUUCAGGCUGGCCAACUUGUCUAAAAAGUUAAAAAAUGCUCAAAAAAAGUCCAAAUUUAGCACAUUUAUUUGACAUCAGUAUACUUUUGCUCCACCGAGCCGCGUUGUCCCCCACCGCAGAAGGGUUUGCCAUCAGAGCCGGAAACCCCCCCCCCCAAUAGUCGAUUUUUGGUCGAAUAUUUCAGGGUUUUUGUCGACCUAGAAUUUCUUUGGUUGAUUACAGCCCUACAGAAAACAAUGUCAAAUGAGUUUGCAGAGUGUGGCUAACAUUAGUAGAGCUAGCACCUACAGCCUUUAUUCUUCCUUACAGGGUUUUAUGCCAAUUUACCAAGCCACGUGUCCACAAUUUUUAGAUCAAAAUCCUGCCAAACCACUCCGCUCUGUGAGUCACUGUGCUACAGAUUAGACACAACAAAUGACUGGCAUUUUGGCCCCAAAACAGUCAGCAAAGAAGCCAGGGUGACAACGAUUGCUUAACGAGUACAUCCCUAUUAGUAGUGAAGUUGUCAGUAAAACUCAAGCAUCCAUGGAAUUCCUUAUAUUGGCAUCUCUCUUUGCUCAAGUUUGAAUCACAAUUUCACUUUUGGCUGUCCUCUGAAAAGAAAAGCAAACAACUGGCAUGUACAUGAAUAUUCCUCCAGAAUUCAAACUUCAUGUUUUAUUCAUGACUGUAUGCGUCCGUCAGUCUGAAUCCUCUCCCUCUAAGUUUUAUAGACACAGACAGUCCAGAUGACUUAACACAGAGAAUUUCAUGCUGUCUGUUUAUUUUGGACAUUUGACAAGUUAGUGUUAAAAACUGUCUCAGUCAAAAUUUUGCCUGAUAACAAAAUAAUAAUGUUACUGUCGAGCCUCACUAAUGGAGCGCAAGAACCCUCCAAACUGUGAUCUAGAGGGCCGUAUAAAUGUCUUUUUAUGACUUGAAGUAUCAGACCUUGAGAUAAAUAUAUCAAAGUAGCUCUUGAUGCUUACCUCUCAGGUUAAUACGGGCUGCUGUUGAGAGUCAGUGCUUUUCAAGAGGCUUUUUGGCAGAUAGAGUGGAAUAGAUAAUUUCCUUUAUGAAGCCUGUUGUCCUCGGUAUUGGGAUAAGUGUCCAGCCUGCUCACGAUGAGAAUUCAGAGGUCAAGUCUCUUCUGUUUUAACUGUCUCUCAAUAAAGUGAAAUAGGAUAGCAUUUUUUCCCCAUCAUAAACAAGUUUUAUAUGAAUACACGUGUAAGUUAACUAUUUAAUGUUUCACCAAUCCUCUGCUGCAUGAUCAUAUUCAUCAACAUGUAUGACUUCAGUGGACUUGAGGUUCCCAUGGUUGAAUCAUUCAACUUGACGUGAUUUCUUAUGACAUUACAUCAGGAGUCAGCCGCAGAGAUUUAUGGAGGUGUUGAAAUCUUAACACUGAAAAGCUGCACACCCCAUUUUAAUUGUAGGUUUGAAUCUCUUCUCACAAGACAAGACUGCUUUAUUUAUAUAUCUGUAUCGCAUUUCAAACACUGAGCUUAGUUUAGAGAAGAGGUAUAAUGCUUUUUUUUUUCAGAUUCUAUACUUUCUUUCUGAUACCUCUUUAAUAUCUUUACAUGAUUUUCAGAUUAAAAAAGCCUUGUGUUUCUCACUCUGGUGUAUUUGAAUAUCAUUAUUUCAGCCUCUGUUUGAAAUGCUUCGGUUUAGCUGCCAUGUCUGCCGUCCCCUUCCAUGAACCUACUUCCUUCUGAUUGGACGAGGAUAGAGGACAGAGCUCGAUAUUCUGGCCCUGCCCCCUCUAUUGUAGUCGAUCAAGUUGUGCAGCGGAACAGCGAUACCCACAUAGACUGUAUAUUUAAUGGACGCCGUCUGCCUUCUCGCUGGGUGAAGCCACCGCGAGAACAGCACCCUCUGGUGACGGGCUGCAGUAUAGGUCAUAAAUCCCGCCUCCUCCAGCAAUCCCUAUGGAGCAGUGGACAAACUUUAGAAAUUUAUUGUACAGAAUAUAAAUUUUUCUUCCCCCUAGUUGCGAUGUUGACAUGUAGUUACUGUAAGACUGGUUUGUUUGUCCUCCUUUUUUUCUGUACAGCUCCGUUUUUAAAAGUUAUUAGGGGGUUCAUAUUUUCUAUGAUUGACACUUGAUCUGAGCGUUCAAAGAUUGCGUAGCUCACCUGGGGGAUACGCUGUUUGUGCCGAGCGUCAUCACAGCGACUUUCCCCAUUAAUGCGUACAACGCUGCUGCACAAAGUUGGUUUCAGGAAGUGCAGAAAAAACCCAGAAAUACCGAGAGCUUUUUGGCUUCAAAUCCGUAUACUAGCAGAAAGUGGAACCAAGUUGUCCAUAGUAUAUACAGUCUAUGGUUACCCUGCACUGCUGUGGGUGUCACCUCACAUGCAGGCCAUUCAAUACAGCACAGAUGUACUAGUAAGGUGAGCCUUUUGCGAUGACGUCUGUUGUUUGGUGAGUCUCAUAGCAUAUACAAAUAAUAUGGACACCAGACAUUGUAACUCUGAAGUUUCUGUUGUAAAUAUGGGAAAGAAAGCAUACUACCUCCUACAAUAAUACCUUCUACAUAAGCAUAGACAUCUCAAGGUUGGAUUUAAAGUCAAUGAGACAAAAAAAACCUAAUUAAAUAGAUUAAAACAGAAUGAAAUAAUUGUUAAAAAUCUUGACUUUCUGGGAUGCUGCUUCGACUCAGUUGGUAGAGUCAUGAACUGUCAUUAUUGUAUCUUGACUCCUGGUCUUGGCCUUAUUUUGUGCAUGCCAACUCAUAUUUACUAUCACUCCUCUCCUGUCUCAUGAAAGGUAAAAAGCCAAAAAAAAAAAAAACCUUCAUAAGAGCUUGUCUUUUUUCAUUUUUCUAUCUGAAAGACAUAGUGGCAGCGGGGGAAACAAACACCAUGCUUGGGUCUUCUGGGCAAACAAACCAAAGAAACACUAUUUUCAGUCAACAGACACCACCUUUUGAUACAUGGGGACUUGGUGUGUUUUAUCUUCAGGGCCCCCGCAGCAGGAGCCUCCUGGUCCUCUGCUGGAGCUCCAGGAGAGACUGAACCUGCUGCCACCACAGCUGCUUCUGACAAAGAAAAGCCUGAGGAGAGGUAAGAAAGAGUCCCUCUCUUUGAAUCCUUUGCCUGUUUUCAGCUCACUCCUUUUUUCCCACUGUCUUUAUUUCUGUUUGGUUAAGUCAUUUCACACUACAUACUGGUUAAUGUCACACUUUCCUAUUUUGCACUCUGGGUUUUCACUCACUUGCUCUAUCACUAGCUUGCUCGUUUUAUCUUGCCUGUUCACUCAACAGCAUCCUCACUCGUCUAUCAUCCACUUGCAGUUCUGCACAAAAAUAUUUCCUGACUGUCAUGUAUUUUCAUCCAUAAUUUGGUUUACCUUCGAGGCAUCUCGAUACAACAAAAGUAUUGGUUGGCGCAGUGGUAGCAGCCUUUAUGUCCAACCCUGGAUCCACACAUGGCUAUCAAAAGGGUCCGGGUGGGAUUGUGUAGUUUGCCCAUUUGACUCUCAUCCCAAAUGAUGAAUUCAUUUUUUAGAGCUUUCAGGCCUUAGCGAGGAAAUCACAUACAGUCAUUCUAUGGGCCAUUCAUUUUUGAUAAACACAAACCAUUAUUUUUUCCAAAUGCAUUUUUUUUUUUUUCUGUGAGGGUGCCUUCCAAAAAUUUUGAUUCCAGGAACUCAGCUUACAUUGUUGUAUUGACAACUCUGUGACCACAAACUUUUUUUUUCAUUCAGUUUGUAUAUCCUCUUCCUCCUCUCUCAUCCUACAUUGUUGAUGCUCUGCAGAAAGAAUAUGAAAUAUUUAUCAGGGCGUAGUGUGUUGAAGGUACAACUUCUACAUGGUAAUGUUGCUGGCAUUCCAGAUAACGGUUUUACAAUUGUGGGCAAAACAACCUCUCUGUGAAAACACUUUUAUUAUGUUUUCUUCGGGAAAGCAUUGGCGUAAAUACGUUUUUUCCCUAACCUUUGCAGAGUUGUGAAUAUGGUUUCUUUGAUGGCGCUCCUUUACAUCAAACUGAUUCAAAAUGUGGCUUCCAAGCUCACAAAUGUGAAUUUAAAAGCUGAAGCGCGGUGCAGAGAGAUUUCUUUUCUACUGCAGUUUGUGUGUAAACCUGCUUUAGAAUCCCCCCGCCACUUUUUAAUUAUCUCACCAUUGAUGGUUGUCUGCUGUGCAGGACCUGAUGUGUGCUCGCCUAUUUGGCUGUACAAACCUGCUACAAACAGCGCUGCAUCAUAUUGUGUUUGUGCAUGCACACGGGUGCAUGUGGGUGUGUUUUGACUCGCUCACAGUUCUGUCUAGACGGGAGAUAGUGCAAAACAAGAGUGUGUAGUGGCCCCAGCUCCUCUCUUGGUACUUUUUGCUUAUUUUUCAGCCUGGCCCAUUUCUGCUGUUUCAGGCUAGUGAGUGAAUGAACAAGCAGGCCCCAGGCCCAGAUUGAACUGUGCGGUAAUCCUCCCCAAAGCUCCGCCAGCUCACUGAUUGCCUUCAUUUUUCAGUGUCACCAGCAGGAAAGCCAAGGCAGUGUACCCAUGUGAGGCUGAGCACGACUCUGAGCUCUCCUUCCAGGUCGGUGCAAUAUUCAACGCCGGUAAGUGUUAUCACCUACACCAGUCGCUCACUCAGAACCAGCCCUGGCAUAUUGGAUUUGGAGGAAAACCGAACACCCAAUCUGAUCUUCAAUCGAACACAGAGAUGAGCCGAGGAGAGGGAGAACGGGAAAGUGUUGGCGGGGGCGAGGGGAAAAGGAGGAGGGGGGGGGUUGGAGGCACAGAUUUGCUCUUCAGUGAGUCUGGAAGAGGCUCCGCUGAGCUUUAAUCAUUCUCAGAGGAAAUGAGGAUUUUGUAGCUCCUAUUUUUUUUGUCCGGAACACUUUUUUUUUUUUCGGUGAGACUCAUACACUAUAGAGAUACUAUAGUCCAUACAGGGAAACGCACGUCUCUCCCAGAGUGCUUCACAGUGCGUAGGUCAUAUGGCAGGUUUUUAAUUUUUUUUACGCACAUUAAAAAGGUUAGAUCUGAUCUUUGUGUUUUUCCCAUCAAAGAUAUAAGUGUUGUAGUUCAUGUGUUGUGGUGUUGUCGGGUAGUCCUGCCUAAUGUGAAGCUGUGUAUGGUCGUUUUUAUUAUUUCCCGUCUACAGACCAGACUACAGUCUUUGCCACAGUGUCAACAGUCAGAGGUGAAAUGUACUGGGUCCCCUUUCUAGGGUUGGUUUGAUGUGACGCGUGUUAUCAGGUUGUCCUGGUUGCUUUCGGUAUUGAGAAUAAAUCACAGUUUUUGACCUAUCAGAAUGUAAUGCGGUUGUACACGAGGAUGGAUGCUUACAGAAGGUUGAUUUCUAACUCCUGAAUUUGAAUUGAUAUCAGCAUUAAUGUGGAUAUAAAAUACCUGAAGUAUCUAAAAAUGGAUAGGAUUAUAUACUACAUCCCUUUCUUUUUUUAAUGAAAUUUCAUUUUGCACUUACCUUUUUUGUUUGAAAAAAGAGCCACUUAAUGGUGAUGUAUGUUUCUGUUAUACCACAGCUUGAAUAUCCACUUCCAUUCAAAGUUUGGCUGUGUUGAGUGUAACUCUGCUUUCAUUCUGUGCCCUUGCACUCUUACACAAUGAGGUUCUCAUUAACAAAACAUCUCUACCAGUUCAGAACUCUCGAUAAUUUUCACUUUUCUGAUUUUAAUGUAUUUUUAGUCUGAACUAUGUGCAUAACAAAAGGUCAAGAGGUUCGAAUACUUGGGUGAGCAGCUGUGCAUACAGUUUGUCUUGUGAAAAAAAAAAAAAAAAUCAACAUAUGUUGAUUUUUUUUCCAUACCAUUAAAAGUUCAAGACCAAGUUUUCAUUGCUCGCUUAUUUGGAUGAGAAAAUGUAGUAACUUGAAUGUGUAUAUUAAGGUGCAUUCACAGACGGGAUCUAUUUAAUAGUAAUCUAGCAGACUCUAUACAUGGAAUACUCAGUGAUAAAUAUACUUAAUAUACGCAGUUUCUUAAUUUUAACUUGAAAAAAACAACAAAAGGUGAUAAAAAAAUUCUUUUUUUUUAAGGGGAGAGUUCGCCAAGAAUGGAUGGCAGCUGCUAGUUGUGCUAAAAAGUUGCAGAUCAUUUUUACGUCUCAAGAUCCAAUGCAAAAAAAGCAAAUAGGCAAAUGAUUUUGGAGCCUUGUGAAGUGGCAGCAUUUCCACUCUCUGCUGUGAUGUGCACUCUUAUCUCAAUUGCCCUAAAUUCUAUCCAUAUAUAUGAUGAGCAGGAUGGAGAGGGGGGUCCUUACCAGUCUAAGGAGGGUCGAUUAAAGCUAGAAGUGAUACAUAUUGUCCCGGUAUUUGCAGCUUACUUUCUGCAAUUUGCAGCUUAUUAAUGUUCUCAGCUUGUUUGUGGUGCACUUCGCCCUUUUCCUGUGCUUUGUGGAUCAGGUGUUCCUAUUGGUUUACAGGCCGUAAAAGCAAUGCAAGUAAUAUGUGACUCAGGCUGUGCGUGGAUGAAAAUAGUCAUGGUGCUUUUUUUUUAAUGGUUUUUUUUUAUUUUUUGCUUGUCAGGAAAAUUUUUUGAUUGUUGGGGGGUUCUGUGUUUUGACUGAUGAAUAAAAAAUAUAGAAUUAAUGAACAAAAACCUAUUUUUGGCAGUAAAUAUCCUUAAAUGGCCUUAAAAAAAAUAAUCCCACAGCAGCAGGCCAUCGAAUUUGAAGUUUGUUAUUGAGCUCAUACAUAUGUAUUUACGGGUGUAGGGAUCUUGUUUCUCUACUUAACAUACACAGUAUUCAAGUGUUCUCCUUCUGGGAGAAAACGAGAAACAACAAUAAAAGACAUUAAUAACAGAGAAUGAGUACUUUUCUGCUGGUUGCUCUUCCAUUAGCCGUCCUGUCAGUCACUUUGAGGAUAAAAGCUGUUUCACAUCCUGUUUACUGAAGUUUGGUGAUGGGUCAAAUCUUUGGUAAACUCAAGGGCUUUUAAGUUCUUUGACACAAGCAGAGUGCUGCAACACAUUUCUUUGUGACCCGAGGCAGGCUGGGAAAUGUUUAAAGAAGAAAUCUGAAGUAUUAAAUGAGUUUCAUCUUGACUUUGGCCAGAGAAAUUUUCCCUGACAAUUUAUUAAUGGGAGUAUUGACCAGCAAAAGCAAGAAAAGCAUUUAAAUUUGCAGACAGUUAAGAGUUUUAGGAGGAAUUUCCUAAAGCCAGGAGGCAUGGCACGCUUUGACACAUCUGCUCAAUUCUUGAUGUAAAAUUAUGGAUAAAAUAAAUCACAGUAGGUUAACCUACGCUUGCCUGCUUACUAUUUUCCCUUCAGACCUGUUCUUUGUUAAAUCAUAGACUUUUUCUGCAUCCUCUUUUACCCUUCCCUGAUCCACCCUGUGGUGUUGACCCUUCUGCUGACGCUGUGUCCUCUCCCACAGUGACCCAGUCCAGGGAGCCGGGCUGGCUUGAGGGCGAGCUGGAGGGGAAGAGGGGCCUUAUCCCUGAAAACUACGUGGAGAUCCUGUAGCCCUGACAAUGGAAAUAUUUAUGGACUAUUUAUCACCUUCUCCAGGAAAAAUGCACCAUGAUGACAAUCACACUAGAGCCUUGUUCCUCCAAACCCCUGAAUCCUCCCAAAAAAAGUGACUGUAAGAAAUGACUGCUGGAUUUCUGAUACCAAAAGUUAGCAUUCUGGUUGCAAGUAGAUCAUUUGUUGCAUGUUUCUUUAGUUUGGUAGAGAAUCCACAUGAAUUUCAGCAUAUAAAACUAAAAAUGGGAUUGCACUUAUGAUAUUCUGCUGUUAACAAAGAUGCUGUAGCCUCCAAAUAUCCAGGUCACUUUGUUAGCAGCUCCAAAGGAUGAGUGUCGCUCUUUAAGGCCAGUUAUACAUGGUAUCCAUGAGCUCCCGAGUUGAAGAAUGAUCCUCAGAAACUGUAGGGAUCAUUGAAUGUCAGAACUCAAGCUUUCUUCAACACGUUUUACGACAAACCCCGCAGCUUUAAACCCUGUUUGACAAUGAUGCACAGUUUGUCGUUAGCUUUAGAAAGAGACUGUACCUACCGUGCCUUAAACCACCAGCUAGUGUCAUUGUAUGUACGGGUAAGUAGGGAAGUGGAGUGUUACUGCUUUAGCUUUGAAAACAUUUUUCUUUCAUUUUAAAAAUAUUUGAAUACUCUGAAUGAGGCACAUGCUAUUGUAAUUUUUAUUUAAUUGGCACAUUGAUUGCAUGACUUUUAUUCAUUUUUGAUAUACUCUUUACUUUUAUUGUUCUUGGUGCACUCCUUUGCUGAAACACAGAAACGCCUCUUUGAUGCUUGAUGAACCUCUUGUGUUAAGCGUCAGACAAAGUCAGCAGAGGUAUAUAUGAAAAUGAUUAAUUAUUCAUACCAAGUGUUUUAUUCCUGUUGAAUGAUCUGUUUUGUUUGUUUUUAGAGCUUAUUUUUAACUAUGUUCAGCUCUGAGCAGAGUAACAAAACACUCCGACAAAGCAGAAAUUUUACGUUGUUUUUUUUUUUUUCUUCAGUGUUUUUAAAUAAUUGAGUUUAAAUCCAAGCUUCUUUAUUAAUAAGAACACGAAUGCAGUAUUUCCAAGUAUUUCAGAGUUUUACACCUGUUCAGCAGAUAUCUUAUAACUAUUCAAAGGGCAGUGUCUACCAAGUAUGUUUUACAAGUCUCUGUCGAGUAAGGGACAGAUUUGAAGUUUCACUGAAAUCAGUUUUAGCAUGUUUCACCUGUUCCUUUACAGUUCCUCAUCCAGCUGUUCAACCAAACACCUUCAUAUGUCUGAGAGCUUUGAUUUAGCAGACUGUUCAUCUAAUUUAAAGCAUUGAUUUACAACAUUUGUAAAGGGCCUUGACUUCUUUCAUUUUUAUACCUAAAGGUAUCCACUUGAUCAAUGUUAAACAAAUAAAGAUGUGUUUUUGUUCUUCACUGUGUUAUGUAUUCUUGCAUGAAAAUAAAUGUGAUAAAAGAUCAUUUUAAUUUAACAGAUUGGAGUUGUACUAUAUGUUGCGUUGUGUUAUAAUAAAAAAGGAGUAAUUCAUUUUCAACAAACGCACUGGGUAAAUAAGAUUUUCUGUUUACGAGACAUGAAUGUACAUUAUGAACCUAACACCUGAGCCUACUGUUGCAGAGGCAGACAGGCUUCUCAGUACUGCAGUCCUUGCCCGCUGCAUGUAAACUGGGACAAGAUUAGUCCAGAUGAAUUGUGUAGCUGAACAAUGACC